AGAACACUGCAUCAGCACCUGCUCAGCAUCUUUCCUCGGUUCAGGACCUGAACUGUAGGAAACAUGGGGCUCUGUAGGGGAAUGUGGAUACCUACAACAUGCUUGGUAAUAGUUCUGACAUGUCUACAAGUGCAAGGUAAGUCCCUGGGGACAUUCUCUUAUUCAGAUUUAUAAAUAGUCAUUAUGCCAUUUGUCACAAGUAACCAUGUAGAAUUAUUGCAUUGUCUCCCAGCAAAAUCUUACCCGUAAUGUAUGACCAAUUCAAACUAUCAGUAAUAUAAUAUCAAUAAUGAAUUCAUUGAUAUUAAUAUUAUUAAUGCUUCCUCUUAACAUAAAGACGACAUAUGCUUGUCUCAUUAAUCAAAAUAAUAUAUAUGAUAUUUCAUAUACUAAUAUUUAAUAUUUCGGAUAGCUAUAUGGAUUGUGUUUUUUUAAUUAAUAUAUCUAUAUCUGUAUAUUUAUAGCAUUUGCACAUUUGCACAGAUAAAUCAGUAAAUGCGUGUAAUCAUUAUGGUUGGUCAACAGUAGAUCACUGUAGACUUUACCGUGGUCUUAAUUUAUUGCUUAAACCAUGUACAUCUGUAAGAUAAAGAGUAGAGUAAACUACUGUGGCUGACUGCACAUAUGUGCAUUGUUCACAGAGCACUCAUUCCUAUGUUCCUGGCUGCUUUUCUGUGUCACUGUAUUUUUGAACAUUGUAUUUCCUAGGACAGUGAAUAAAGGAUAGGGGAGGUGGACUUUUAGGCUAUGUCUACAAUGACAUUGAGAGUGAAAUGUUUAAUUUAUACUGUUUGUAAAUGCAUUUACACAUUUUAUUUUUUUUAUUGUCAUGCAGCUGCAAAUAAAAUUUUGAAGCCACUGAAAAAUACCAACGACGUUUCAAAUGAGAAUUCUGCAUCAGGUUCAAAUGUGAAUUCGGCAUCAGGUAAAAAAUAAGUUUACUCAGAAACAGUGAACUGUGAGUUUAUUGUGUGCCACUAAAAACACAAUUACAAAUAAGAUCUUAUUUAUUUAUUUUUUGCUUAGUUUAAAAAACCUGCAUGUAUAUACAUUAGCAAGUUCUUUGUCCACAAAUGGAAAGCAGAAAUAGCUAAAAUUUGAGCUGAUUUUCACGUUUAAGUUCCACGCAGCAGAAUCAUACAUAUUGCUCAGUUAUUAAAAUUACCUAUGUCAAAUACAUGCGAAUCAGUUUAUUUAUUGUUUUACACAUUGUGUUCUGAGCAAUAUGCCUAUCUAAACUGUGAUGCAGUUGGGAUUAUUUUGCCUCAUGUACUUGCCAAUCUGAAGUUUUCAUUACGGCUAAUAGGAACGAAUGAUGGGAACAGUCACAAAAGAUGAUGGAGACCGGCGUGACAGCUCAUGGGAACAGGCAUUAGCAAGCACUAUGCACAACUAUCUAGCACCGUUUUGCACAUGUGCAAGCUCAUCCAUGGAAGAUCCUACGGUCUCACAGGACUUAAUUUUGUCCUUUCAUGUGAGAUAACAUGCAUAAUAGUAUAAUAGUGAGUAUGUCUCCAGGAGCCAAAGAAGAAUGGAGGCAAGGAAAUGUUGGCUUCAUUUAAGUAUAUCUACUCUGCUCUCAGCCACAUCCACACUAAUUGGCAUGCCACCAUGUGUGGUCUUUGUCAAUAAUGCAAAGAUCCUAAAUGUAUCUUAAAAGAUGCUAACCUUUCACAGUGAUAUGCUAAGUCUAUAUAUUACAAAGGGUGACUCCUUCCCCCCUACCUCCGAUUUAAAAAAAAAAAGCCCUACUUCACUAGAAGAAAAGUGUGUAGUUCUACACAAAACUACUUAGUAGCCAGGGGAGUGUCUUUCCCUAUACACUUACUCUGAAUGUACAUGUCAGAAACAGUAAUAGACAAUACUUAAAAUAGAACACUCAUACUUAGAGUCAUAAGCUGCUAGUAAAAAGCUGACCGAUAUAGCCACACCAUCUUAAGAAAUAAAGGACUAAAAGAUACAUAUAAAUGACAACUAUUGGUUUUUCAUAGUAGAAAUGCUAAACCCUUGAGGUACCACUGAUUCAAGCAUAUAUUAUUUCUUUUAAAAAACAUUGUAUAUGUAUAUAUGAGUACAUAGUCACUAGUUCGCCAAUCCCAUGUAUGAGACCCUAGACCAGUUUGAUCUAUGAAGCACUGGUGUUCAAAAACUCCAGUCUAUAAGAAUUUGAGUGCGUGACAUCAAACUGCCUUAUACGUCUAUGCAUGUCGCUUACAUGAAGGACUUUAUCAAGACUAAUAAAGAAUUGUAAGGUUUUUAGUGUCUUUUUGUCAUAAAUAUGGGUAUUGUUACUUAAAAACUAUUAGCAGCUAAACCCUCCUUCCUAAACAAAAUCUAACUUUUUCUUAGCACUUUCAUACUUCUGUCUUUACAUUCUUUUAUUCAUGUAUUAAAAAUGAUGAACUUUAAAAUAAUUAAUGGAUGAUUAUACUCAUAGUUAUAUAGUUACAUAGCUGAAAAGUGACUUGCGUCCACUAAGUUCAGCCUUCCUCACAUUUGUUUUUGCUGUUGAUCCACGAGAACUGUUGCUGUUCCUGCUAACAUUUUGCAUCCGGUUACUAGAUGCUGGACUGUCUCAGAGGCCUCUUUGCACAGUCUGCAGCUUGGGUCUUGCCUGGUGUGGUAGACUCCAGAUUCUAUUGAUCUGGUGCUGAGUGCCUGCUCCUGUGCUGCUAGGAUUAGUGCCUUAGUGCUGUACUUCAGUCCUGCCUUUUCCAACCACUGGUAGGAUUUUGUCAUGUGAGCCACAUCCACUAUCUGCCGGUGGUAAACCCCAUGGAGAGGUUUGUCUUGCCAAGAAACCUCCUCUUUUUCUGCUUCUUCAAUCUUUUGUUCUUUUCUAGGACAACAUAAUCAGAUUUUUUUGUUGUUGUUCAUGCCGGUUCUGAAUUAAAAAAAGGGUUACAUGUAUCAAGUAAAUAUGAAAAAACAAUAUGUAAACUCCAUGUGAUGGGUAUUUAGUAUCCAAUUUUUCUGUUCUUGCAGGUGCAAAUAAAUUAUUGAAGUCACUCAAAAAUUCUGUUGAGGAUUCAAGUGGCAAGUCUGUGGCAGGUAUGAUUUUCUCAGCAAUAUUGACAGGGUUAUUCAGUAAAGAGUGAAUAUACAGGAAUACACGUAUUUACAUUACAAAUAUAAGGCCAGAAUAGCCACAUUGGAAAAUGUUCUCAAUCAGCAAUGUUUUCAGUUUUAGCUAUUUUGGUUUGAAAUAUGUAAUUCAUUUUUAAUUCAUUUUGAAUUCCCAAUAAUGUACACGUUAGUAAAUAAUUAUGUGAGUGUGAUACUGAUAAAAACAAAUUCUCAAAUUCUUCAAAAAUCAGCUAUGUUUUUGGGUUGGCUUCUUUUACCUAAAAUACAAAUUUGGCUUUGAAUUAAUUUAGAAAUUUUGGAAAUUGAUACUUUAAUACAUAACCCUGUGAAUGUUUGUUAGCAUUUAUUUAAAGGUUUACAAAAGAAAAGGUCCUGAAAAUAAAAAAAAUCGAGUGCAUAACCCACUGAAUGUUAUUUAUUAAUCUGACAGUACUUGUUUACAUUUAUGUGAGGUUUUGUAGGUGUAUUUAGCUUCUAUUUUUUUCUGAUUCUGCAAUUGCAAAUAACAUCUUGAAGUCAUUCAAGAAUUCCAUUGAAGAUUUAGGUGACCAUUCUGCUCCAGGUACAAUUUUACUCUCAGAAACAUUGAGUGUGCAAGUGAAAUACCAUUUACAAGCAUAAACAGGACAAUACACACUAAUUUGCUUUCAAGGAUGCUUAUGCUUGACAAAGACUCAUGUGUGAGCCAAAAUGUGGCUUGUGUUACAAAGGCAAUUGCUGUACCUGGUUCUGAUUGUCUUUGGGAGUGUAAUUGCUCCAUUCUGGUGGAAUUUGCAUCAUAUUCAAAAAUGUUAAUUAAAUUCAUAGAAAAUUUAAAUUUGGGGGCAAAAACUGCUAAACUGGAAAGAUUAUCCAAGUCUGCUAUGUUUUAAGUUUGGCUCUUUGGUUUAAAAUUAAGUUUUUUAAAUACUGACAAUUCCCACUGUAAUGAAUAACCCUGUGAAUGUGUGUUAGAAUUUUUUUCAAGUUUUUUUUACAAGUAUUACGUGGAAUUUAAAGUGACUUUCUUUUUUUUUACCAAAAAGAUUGGAAAAAUUCUCCGUUUUGAGUUUGGCUACUUUAGCCUAAUGUUUGAAUUUGACUUUGAAAUUUUGACAGUUCACAUAUGAGUAACUAACCCAAUAAAUGUUUGUUAGGAUUAAUUUAAAGUGCUAAAAAAAUGAAAUAUGUCUCUUUGUUUCUGUCCAUGCAGCUGCAAAUAACCUCUUAAAGUCAUUUCAAAAUUCCAUUCAAGAAGAUUCAAGAGAUCAGUCUUCUGCAGGUAUCGUUUUACUUUGACAAAGAAAUACCUUUUAUCCUUUAAACUUUAUACUUUAUUUUAUAGUUGUUUUUUUUUUUACAUUUAUCAUCUCUACUUUUUCUGUCCAUGCAGUUGAUGAUAACAUUUUGCAAUCAUCUAAAAAUUCCAUCAAAGAUGCAAGUGGGCAAUUUAAAGCAGGUAAUUAUAAAAAUGCUCUUAUAAAUCUUAAAAUGCUCUUAUAAAUCUUAAAUUGAGAGGGAGUGUAGUUCCAUUCUGUUGGAACUUGCAUCUUUUUACUAUAUUCAAUAAUUUAAUUGAAAUUUGUAGAAAAUUUGAAUUGCAAGGAAAAAAUUGCCAAACUGGAAAGAUUCUUCAAGUCUGCUAUGUUUUCAGUUUGGCUUUUUUGGUCUAAAAUUAUAAUUUUACCAUAACUUUAUUUGUAACCCCUUAAGGACCAAACUUCUGGAAUAAAAGGGAAUCAUGACAUGUCACACAUGUCAUGUGUCUUAAAUCCUGGCAAUUCCAACUGUAAUGAAUAAGCCUGUGAAUGUGUGUUAGCAUUUUUUGAAGUUUCUAAUAAUAUUAAAAGAAAGUCAAAGUGAAUUUAAAGUAAAUUUUAUUAUUUUAUUUUGAUCAAAAAUAUUGGAAAAGUUAUCCGUCAGUUAUGUUUUGAGUUUGGCUAAUUUAACUUAAUGUUUGCAUUUGACUUUGAAAUUCUGGCAGUUCACAUAUGUGCUUUUACGAUUUAUUUGAAGUUCUAUAAAUGCAAUGUGUCUCUUUUUCUGCCCCUGCAGCUGCAAAUAACCUCUUGAAAUCAUUUCAAAAUUCCAUUCAAGAAGAUUCAAGAGAUCAGUCUUCUGAAGGUAUCCUUUUACUUUGACACAGAAACACCUUUUAUCUCUUCAACUUUAUACUUUAAAACUUAAAUUUAUAGUUUUUCACAAUUAUUUAUCUCUGCUUUUUAAUGUCAAUGCAUUUGCAGAUAACAUUUCGAAAUCAUCUAAAAGUGACAUCAAAGAUGCAAGUGGGCAAUCUAAAGCAGGUAAUUAAAAAACGCUCUCAGAAAUCUUAAAUUGUGAGCUUAUUGUGCGCAUAUUAAUAUUUUGUUUUCCCAAUGGCCAAGAAAAAGCAGCUCUGAAAUGGAAUGAGCUAUCAGUAGCUGAAAGUUUCUUCUUAAACAAAAUCCAACUUACCUAAACAGCUAUUGGGACACCCAGAACCUUCAUGAUGACCUACACGUGGUCUCCUCUUUAAAUGAGUUUUGUAGGGGUACAAAUAAUCCCCUAGUAAAUAGCAUAAAGAAUAAACACAGAAUUAGCUUCUAUUAAAUAUGACUAGGCAUGACAUCUACAAAUCUUUCACGAUGCAUAUUAAAGGAGCACUCCUGUUUGCAUUUCAAAUUCAGCUCACUGAAGUUGUUAUUUGGACAGAGAUGUCUGAGCAUCAUCAUAUAUUCAGGGUUUAAACCAUUUUAUUUAAUUACAGUGUAAUUCCAAAAUUGGUCUUCCAGCACUCAACACAUAGAUAUACAUUAUACAUUCAAUUCAGACUGUUAAUCAGACCUUUGGAAUAAUGCUGAAAAAUUUAUUGGACAAUAGUGGUCUGAAACUACAGUAGUUACAUCAUGUUUUAAUUUAACAUUUUUACACAGGUGCAAAGAAUAACUUAAAGUCAUCUAAAAACUCAGGUGGACAAGAUACAUCAGGUGAGGAAAUGUAAUAAAUCAUUACAGGGGAUACCCUCCACUGUUUCGGCAACUUCUACCAUUCCUUUCUAUCAAGCUUACAAUUUAUUAUUAGAAAUUGCUUUCAUGCUCAAAAAUGUAACAUGUAAGGAACGUUCAAAUACACAAAUGGAGUAAGAAAAGAAGGUGACAUUUUUUUUUUUUUCUCUGGGUAAAAUCGCUUCUGGCAAUUGCGUUCCAACAAACCUAUUCCAAAUAGAGAUAAUACCACACUUGAUGAUACUCCCAGGAAAAUUAUCAGGCACUAUAUAUUGUAUAUGUUCAUUUAUUCAGCAAAAACAGAUACACAACGCAGGUAAAGAAAAAAUGUAGGCACCAAAAAAAAAAAACUAAGAAAAAAACUGGACAUGUUUCACAUCUAAUAAACAACGCUUCUUCAGAAGGAAAAAGAAAAAAAAAAACACUGUGCUUUAAAAAGUAUUAGGAAGAGGAGGUGAACUAAAGGAAGUAUAUAUACUCCCCUCCUUCUAUAUAACCUUAUUGCCCACCGCACUUAUAGUUGUAAUUGUAGUUCACUACUCUUGAAGCAAACUACAUGCUUGGUUGAAGCUAGCACACAGUAAAAGCAACGUGUCCAUCCACAUUUAAAAAGCCAAAAUUACGUGUUAGGAUAUGAACCUAACUAAUCACACUUCUUUGUGCAUUCGAGCUAAGGACAUCAUAAAGAACCAUUCUAUAAGAAAUUAUCCAUUUCAGUUACGUAUGUCAAAUGAAAAGUUCUGAAAAAAAUGUGGAAAAGGGCAAAUGAUAAUAAAUACCUAGCAAAGCCAGAUAAAAGGAAUAGUGCCAUCUAUUUUUAGGGGCAAGCAUGCAAUUAACUCUAAAACAGUAUGUAAUCCAGUGUUAAUUACCAUUCCAGAUAGGACUAAAAUUUGCACUGAGAUGAUACAACAUGCAAUAUAAGUGAACUGCUAGCACUAAAUUAUAUGUAUCCAAGCUUGCCACAAAGCUGAUACAUGACAAUGGCUGCAAAAACAGUCUGAAUCAUAUGCACAUGUUAGCAAAAGAUACAAAUAUAUUUGCUAGGUGAAAUCCAAUGCUUAUAUGAAAACAAUACAAAUCCUUAGUGUUUCUCCUUUUUAAUUAGCAUUCUGAAACAGCUGUGGUUAUUUCGUGUUUUACUUAUUUAUUUAUUUAUUUUUUACACAGGUGCAAAGAAUUACUUAAAGUCAUCUAAAAACUCAAAUGGGCAAGAUACAUCAGGUGAGGAAAUGUAACAUUAUAUGGGGCAAGGCCAGGGCAAGGACUCUUGGGUACAUAAGCGUAGAUGCAUUUUGCCCCUUACCUGCAAAAAAAGGCAAAAAAACCCCCCAAAACUUCUUGAUUCAGAUUUGUCCUUAUAUCAACAAAUUGUUACCAUAAACAUUAACCAUAUUAUUCUUGAAUUUUCAAACCUUAAAAUUUGUAGUUAAAGAACCACUAUAGUGCCAGGAAAACAUACUCGCCAGGCUCUAGGGAGUGGAAGGGGUUAAACUUACCUCUUUCUCCAGCGCCGGGCGGGAAGCUCUCCUCCUCCUCUCCACCUCCUCCUACUCGGCUGAAUGCACAUGCGCAGCAAGAGCCGCGCGCGCAUUCAGCCAGUCUCAUAGGAAAGCAUUCAUAAUGCUUUCUUAUGGACGCUGGCGUCUUCUCACUGUGAUUUUCACAGUGAGAAGCACGCAAGCGCCUCUAGCGGCUGUCAAUGAGACAGCCACUAGAGGCUGGAUUAACCCUAAUAUAAACAUAGCAGUUUCUCUGAAACUGCUAUGUUUAUAGAAAAAAAGGUUAAUCCUGGCUGGACCUGGCACCCAGACCACUUCAUUAAGCUGAAGUGGUCUGGGUGCCUAUAGUGGUCUUUAACCUGAUAAAACCAUCACUUUAUGCACAUAAUUCCAAAUCUUUACAUAUUAUUGUCUAAACAACCCAUCUGCUUUUAUAGGUGAAAUAUAAUUUUUUUCUUAUAAUUGAAGUUUGUGCCCUUUAGUCAUUUGUACUGUCCUGUAAACCCUUUCGUGACCAAGCAGUUUGGAAAAAAAAACAGCUCUAGAAUCCGAGUAAUAUGGUGUCCUGUGAAGUAAUGUUUAAAUGUAUUUUGUAUUUUUAAUGUGCAUUUAAGCAUUUAAUCUUUUAUCAUAUAAUCAAGUUACAGGCAAGGAAACAGUGUUGUAAAUAAAUAUAUACACAUUAUAUGAUUAUAAUAUAUGCAUCAGACACACACAGCUAGACACAGUCACACGUAUACAUACUGGCAGACACACACAAACAAACACACACAUAUACAUGCUGACAGACACUCCACAUACACUGUUAGCAACACACACACAUUUGCCUUGCUGGUGUAGUGGUAAAAGUGACAGCAGCCAUCAGAUAGGCAGUACAUGCUGCUUCACUGCUGCUUUAUGAUGUGAUUUGAAGUGUGAUGGAGCAGGGAAGAGUGUGCUGGCUAAUGGCUGCUGACAGAAUCUAUAUAAAUCUGUGAUGCCCCCCAAUAUUCUCAGCAACCCUCCAAUUACCUGCUUCUCCUCUUGAGUGGCUGUCCUUUCAUGUGUACAGCAGCUACCCUGCUCCCUGUGAAAACAGGAAUAGGACAAAAUGAGCUGCCUACCAUUCCCAGCUUUAUGGCUUUAUGAGCGGGCUCUGAGGAUUUCCUCUCUACUGGACUGCAGCCUAAUCAGUAAAAAGAAACGGAGAGGCUGUAGCCCCUCACUUCUAGAGCGGCAUUAUCAGUAUUACUAAAAAAAAAAAAAAAAAGACAACAGGCAGCUCUCUCUCUUUGCAAUAAACAAAUGUAAUUUGGAAUUAUGCAAAUCAUGAAUACAUAAUUGUUGAGAUGAAGGGGUUGAUGAACAGGCUGCCAUGGAGCUGACUGCACUAGCCUUGUAUAUAUUGCUUCAAUGCAAUCACAUCCCCUCCAAGAGUAAAAAAUAAAUAAAUAUAUAUAUAUAUAUAUAUAUAUAUAUAACUAGAUACUCUAAUAUCGCAUGAUUUAUGUAAUUGAUGGGGCACAAUGUAAGUAAAGUCAACAUUUUAACCACAUAUUUAUAAAUGUGACAGACUGAAAAAAGGAAAAAAGGGUGUGGAUAUAGAAAAACGUAAUAGAAGAGCAGAAACCAGUUUUGGUGUUGAAAGAGAUGGCAUCUGUUAAUUUAGUGAUGAAUGAAUAGCACUGAACUGAAAAUGUAUGUCAAACUUAAAGUAACGUUACUCUUUUAAAAGUACCUUAGAUUAGAAUAGUCAAGCUGAAAAAACUGGUGAAUUGUAUAUUUUUUCCACAAUUUUGUCCUAAUAUUUCCAAUCCCUUUUUUUGUGAUUCACCUUAGUUUGUUGUUUAAUAAAUACAUGCCUCCAUGCUUCGUAGCUACUAUUACUAUUUAGAGAGUUGUGUUUGAUUUGCAUUCUGUAGUUUUAAAAAUAUGUGUUAUCUCUAUUUUGUAUGUUUGCAGCUGCAAAGUUUAAAGUUGAUUUAUUUUAAAAAGAAUGAAGUAAUGAAAUUCAGAAAAACCAAGUUAUUCACAGUGAGAAGCUGAAUGUACUCAAAUAACGUUGCAUGAGUUAUGCAAAAAACUAAAAAUAUUUUUUGACCAUUUCAGACCAUGGAGUGGAGUACAUAAAACCUAGAGGCCAGUCUUUAAAAAUAUCAGUUAAAAAAACUCAAUUUUACAGCAACACUCACUUGACAGAUUAUACGUUUAUUCACUAACACUCUAAUUUUGUGAUUUAAAAUAAUGCUGCGCAUGAUAUGAAAUCAAUAUCAUACAGAUCUCAAAAUUUCAUUCUACAAAAAAUAUUUUUUUAUUGUAUAAAAUCUAAAUAUAUUUCAUGUAUUUAUGAGACUAAUAGGAUAUGUAAAUAUAAAUAGUUUACAUUAGUUGUUGCUUCGUGUACAUCAGUUUGCAACCAGCUGAAUUCAGGCCAAAUUAACUACAUUGGAAGAAAAUUCAAUGUUAUUGUUGAUUAAUUCUGGAUUUUAUUCAACUGACUCAUUUUUAUCUAAAGUUCAAGUACAGUACUCAUAACUCAUUAAUAAACGUUAACUUAUAGCUAGCUUAUAGUAAGCAAAUGCAUUUUACACUUUAUUACAAGCUGUGUCUGUAUACUACUGCACGGUAAAAAUGCUAAAUGUAUGGCCAGUGGAACAUACAUACAUGCACUGUAUACCUUCUGCAUGUUUGGUACCUAACCUCUGCUGUAAUGUAAAUAAAAAUGUGCUAGGUGUACCUUUAGUACUAUAUAUAAAAAUAAAAAAGUAAUUUUAACAUUUUAGCCUUAGACAAUAAUGAAUUGGUAUUAUUUCCUAAUUCUUUAAUGCUAACGAAUUUACUAUUUGAUGUAUAAAUUACAAGUGCUAAAAAGUAGUGAAAUUGUUUUAAUGGUUUUUUUUCCACAUUGAUCCAUGCUUCCCAUACAGAGUUAUUCACUAAAGUAGAAUUCAAAGUGAAGUUUAAAUUCAAGGUAAAAAAUUGCCAAUUUGGAAACACUCUUUAAGACAGCAUCCAGUUUGGUUACUUUGGCUUUACAUUUUAGAUUCACUUUAAAUUUUCACCUUAAUGAAUAACCCUGUAUGGGAGGCAUGGAUCUAUGGGGGAAAAAAACCUAAAUGUAAAAUGUAAAUUAUAAACCAAAUAGUAAAUUCUUUAGUCUGGAAAUAGUAUCUAGAUAAUAGUAUCUAAAAAAUAAAUGUUUUACAAUGUAUCACAUUAUUUAAUCUUUAAUUUUUAAAUUUGUGUUAAUUAAUUUUUAAUGAUCUACAUUUGCUCUCCUAUUACAGAUCAGAAUUCAAAAUCAUCCAAGCUGAUCUUUAUUUCACCAACGACUCCUCCUGUGUUCAGAAGUGAGUGAACGUAGGACACUCUUGACGAGUGCAGUAUUUGUUGAAUCGUGCAAUAUUAAAACAAUAAACGUAGGGAACUAGUCAGUAAAUUGCCAACUAUUGGACUACAGUUGUUAGAAGUGCAAAAGUACACCAAUCCUUAAAUAACAUACCAGCGCACACACUCACUCACUAAACACCAACUUCAAAGCUCAAAAUAGGUAAUAGUUUUUUUUUUUAAAAUUAAUUAAUUUAUUUAUUUAAACACCCAACGUGGGCAAAAAUAAUGAGGAUUUAGCUACAUUAUAUGAUCACUCAUUGCACAACGUUAAUGUUCCCCGGUUUUGGCAGGCCCUAUCCUAGCAGCCUAAGGAAUAAACAACCUAUCAAGGCGUUUCUGCCACUACAUUUAAGCCACUUUCAGGGAGUGAAGUAUAUGUUUUUAUCUUUUGUGAUAUACUACUUUUUACACUAGUUUCAAACAUUGUAGAUCAGUAGAUAUUUUCAGUGCUUUUCUUGAAAUUUUCAAAGUGGCACUCCACUAUUUGAUUACAUAAAUACAUGAAAAUGACUGUUUAGUAGAUAAACUUGCAUACAUUUAAUUAUGCUUUUUGUUUGAGUAUAUUUAAUUACAACUUGCAAAAGCUGCAGAUCUCUUGUCUGAAGUCCUUGCAAUCCUUCUACUUCUAACCCAGCCUGGACAUUCUGUGGUUCUCCAAUCAGACUUCUGAAUUUAACUCAUUGAGUAGUCUUUGCAUGGCAAGUACUCUGUACAAUUUUCUGCCUUUUUAGUUUAGCACCACUGAAUUAAACAGCCAGGAAGUAGAGGCCCAGUUGUCUGACAGAUAGGGGUGUAACAAGGUUAAUUUAUAAAAGUGCUAAUUUCUAUUCAAAUCUGCACUUUUUGUAAAAUAAAAAGAAUAUAUACAGUUUAAACAUAAAGCACUUCAGCAAGAAUGUCCCUUAAAGGUGUAAUUUAAGCAAUAUUUUCUUUAGUAAAAAGAAACAUUAUUUCAUUGUUUUCAUAAAGAUGAGUUUCUAUUUAACUCAAAAUCAAAUGUAAUAAUGGUUUGAUAACUUACAGGUCUCUCUUCGGCUCACAAUAGCCGAGUCUGCAGUACAUGGGGUAAUUACCACUUUAAGACCUUUGAUGGAGACAUAUUCUACUAUCCCGGAACCUGCAACUACUUGUAUGCUUCCAACUGCCAUAGUAACUUUGAAGAAUUUAACAUCCAAAUCAGACGUUCUGUUGUGGAGGGCCUUCCCACUAUUACUGACAUCAGUAUGAAGAUAGAUGGUAUAUUUAUUGAAUUGAAAAGUGGAAGUAUUACAUUCAAUGGUGAUAUGUAAGUUUAUUCAACCUAUUAUAGUAUUAUUAAGAAUUAUCAAUAAUAAUGAAUAACUUAAUUAAAGGGACACUAUAGGCACCAGACUACUUCAGCUCAUUGAAGUGGUCUGGGUGCAAUGUUUAAAUUGCAGCUCUAAGUCUGCAUUCAGUGGUUGUCUACCAGAGAACAUACAGUGACAAAUUUUUCAUAUGGGGUCGUCUAAUGAGCUUGCUGCGCAUGCACAUUAGCGCCCGCUUGUUGUGGGACGUUGGAGGGGGCAUAGCGUCAACUUAGAGCCGAGGUCCCUCGGCGUUGGGAUCAGGUAAGUAUAUAAAGGUUUCUUAACCCUUUACUUCUCAGGAAGGGUGGGGUGUGAGGGAGGGAGGAGGCAUGGGAGCGAUAGUACCAUGAAUACAGCUUUGUAUUCCUGGCACUUGAGUAUCCUUUUAUUAGUUUGGAAAUUAAGGGUAUGUACAAUUAUGUGUUGGGUGAGGGAGUUUCUAAAGAAACCACAAUACUAUCAUUGUCAAAUAAUUCCUACACAACUUUUGGAGGAAAAAUGCACUUGAUUUUCUGUACACAAAUUAAAUUUACCAUUAAAUAGAAUUAACUAAAAAAAAAAAAAAAUCAGCUACGCUUUAAAUACAGAUAUUCCUCCAGUUUUUCCUUUGGGUAAAAUAUUUUACCUAUCCUUUUGAAAGAUUUAUUGAUGACAUAAAAUUGUUUAAUUUGAUUAUACAUAUAGAAAUAUUUUUACAGAGUGGAAAUGCCAUAUGCUUAUUCGGGAAUCCAGAUUGACAGAAGAGGAAUGUAUAUUAGAGUCAAUGCUAAAUUGGGACUUGAAUUCAUGUGGAAUGAAGAUGAUGCUGUUCUGGUAAUUUUUUUAAAUUUUACUUUAUUGGCAAAAAGGACAUUUUUGACAUUUACUAUACCCACUUCAAGUCUUAAUUUUGUAUUUCAGUCUUUGUUGAGUGUUUGUUUCUCUCUCUCUCUCUCUCUCUCUCUCUCUCUCUCUCUCUCUCUCUCUCUCUCUCUCUCUAUAUAUAUAUAUAUAUAUAUAUAUAUAUAUAUAUAUAUCAUAUUUAAAAACGAUUCAUGAAACUCAAGAAAGCAAAACAAAAUAAAACAUGGAAAGUCCCAGUUUUAAAAAGUAAACAAUGUUGUUUUCCAAACCCAAUUACAAAAAUAAUCCUUACUUGGAUUAUAAUUCACAUCUGACAAUGUUAAUGUGGAUAUACAUUAUAAACUCAUUUUAGCUCUGUCUGUCCAACUAUUUUUUCUAAUGUCUUGCUAUUUUAGUGUAACUGUUGUGACUAUUUAACUUUAAGGAUUUUCUUCCUAAAAGUACACUGUAAAAGUCUAAACGAGUUAUCUGGAUUUGAUGGAGGUACCUGGCUUGUAUGUAAAUUUUGAUUAGCCUUCUUUUUCAUAUAUCUGAUUUCUGUUAUCCACCACUUUUUUUUCCAAUGCUUUACUGUUAUGCAUUUUUUUUCUUGAUUGCCCCUUUUUCUUUCUCCUUAAUUUCCAUUUUUUUUCUCAUUCUCUCUGAUCGCUUCUGCCUACUUUUUCUUGUCCAUGCACUAGAUAUGACACGUUUAAGCUGUAGUGAGGCCAAAUGUCUCAUAUGUUACAGUACUUGCAUUUAUGGCCAUGACCAUAAUGUCAUAAUUGUGCCUUUUCUUUUCUCACAACAAAAACUGUGUCAUUUGAGUGUUGGUUAACCCCUUAAGGACCAAACUUCUGGAAUAAAAGGGAGUCAUGACAUGUCACACAUGCCAUGUGUCCUUAAGGGGGUUAAUCUUGAUAUUUGGUCAAAAUCAACAGGAGGGGAAGCCUGUUGAUAUUUUGUAUUUAGGAUGAAAAACUCACAAAAUGUAACAAUAUAACAUAGUUCCAACUUUUCAAUAUAUAAUAUAAAAACAGCACAAAUUAGUAAUCCUCUCAAGCAAAACAAUACAAGAAUUAGAUUUUUUUAAUUUUAUUAAUAUUACCACAAACACCAUUUUAUUGUAGGAUAAAAAAAACACAACAUGCCUGACUGUAUAUUUUUACUGUAUAAUUUUAUCAUGCAUCACAAUGGUGUAUGAAACAUAUAUACAUGAUUUGAAAUGUUCUAUUGUAGAAAGACUCAUCACCAUAUAUAUAAAUAUUUCAAGACAAAUAGAUUAUUAUUAGAUAAACCAAAGUUUAAUUUAGAAAUUUUAUUAGACAGAUCUGGUUAGUUGAUUUAAUAUGUGUGCAUUUGUUAAACAAUCUUAAAAUACAUUUGAAUUAAUCAGUAUGUUAUAGAUACUGUUUCUAUAAAAAAUCAUUCAACAUUAUCCAUUGUAUUAUUUCUAUUUCUAUUUAGUUGGAACUGGAUACUAAAUUUGCCAAUCAAACAUGUGGUCUUUGUGGAGAUUUCAAUGGGAUUCCAAUUUACAAUGAAUUCAUUUCAAACAGUAAGACAGCAAUUUAAUAUUUUUGGGGGGAAUUUUUACAAGUCAUAAUUUGCACUAAAGGCACAUUCCUUCUUCUAGAUGUACAACUCACUGGUAUCCAGUAUGGAAACUUGCAGAAGUACAAUGGUCCAACAGAAACAUGCCUAGAUCUGACCAUGACUGUUAAGGAUGGCUGCACAGAUCUUGUAAGCAGUAAAUUAUAUUGAUAAAAUAUACAAAGUCUGUGUUGGGGACAUAGCUUUAUCUCCAUUGUCCAUUCUCAAUUAUAUAAGUUAUCUCAAUGGCCUAUUCCUCAGUUGUAAUAUUGUAUAAUCUUUAUAUAAAUAUGUUACAGUUACAUAAUUGGCAUAGUUAGAUAGUUGUCUAGGUUGAAAAAACAAAAAUCCAUCAAGUUUAACCUUGAAACCCAUUAUGUUAUGCUGUUGAUCCAAAAGAAGGCAACGAUAACAACAAAACUAAACAAUUGUAGCCAUUUCAAAUAAUUCCAUAAAAAUGGGAAAAAAAUCCUCCUUCUUGACUUCAUGCAAUCAAAUUCCUCACUGGAUCAAUAGCCUGUUCACAUACAUACUAAGUAUACAUUGAAUAUUCUGUUUUUGAAAAAAAAAAGCAUCCCCGCCUUUUUUUAAAUAUCAGUAAUUUCUGAUAAGACAACCUUUGAGGUAGUAAAUUCCACAUCUUCAUUGUUCUUACUGUAAAGAACCCUUUCCUCUGAAAACUCCUUGCUUCCAGUCUCAAUGGGUGACUUAUUGUCUUUUUGAUAUUCCUGCUAAUGAACAUGUUAGCACAUAGUGGCUUGUAUUGACCAGGUAUAUAUUUACAUAGUGCUAUCAUACCAUAGUGCUACCUCUGAGGCACCUUUUUCUAAAGAAACCAAAUUUAGUUUGUCUAGACUUUCUUCAUAACUAAGGUUUUUAAUUAUCCUUAAUUAUUUUGUAACUUGUCUCUGCAUUUUUUCUAGUUUUGCAAUACCCUUCUUUAAAACUGGUGCACGGUAUUGCACCACAUAUUCAAGGUGGGGUGAAACGUUAAAAAAAUAAUAAAGAGGCACAAUUAUAUUUUGGUCUUUAGUAAUAAUAGUACUUUUUUUUUUUACAUAAAAACAGUUUAUAGCUUUUAUAGAGCAGAAUUGCAUACUGUUGUCUAGUUUGUUAUCUAUAAUUAUUCCCAACAUUUAAUGUUAUCUCUAACUGAAACCCAUUUAACGUAUACGUAGCUUGUGGAUUCCUUAUUCCAAAUUGAAUGACUUUGCAUUUAUCUGUAUUGAAUCUAAUUUGCCACUGAAUCUCAUUUGCCUAGUUGCUCCCCAAUUAUUCCAAAUCCCUUUUCUAAAGAAGUUAUAUCAUGCUCAAGGUCAUUUAAAAUCAGUUAAAAUACAAGAUUGCUCUGGAAUAUAAAAAGUGACCUUGUGUAAAUGCAAACACACUGCUUGUACUAACCUCUUGAAGAAAUGUAUAGCAUUACAUGCUGAUGUUAUAGUGUUGAGUACCAUCUUUGUUGUAGUAUAGGGGAAAUUAUCAUGUUCUAGCUUAAGGGUUAUAUAUAAUUGACUGCAUGAAAUGUUUUACUUCUGUAAGAACCAGGAGACCAAUGCAAAUCCAUCUUUGAAUAUAGAAAUUCCCUUACUUAAAUUGUAUGGUUAGUUGUAUGUUUAUUGUUAUAUAUAUUGUUGUAUAUAUAUAUAUGUAUCUAUCUAUCUAUACUUAUCAGUCACAACAUUAAAAUCUCUGCUGUCAGAUACAUAUGCCACACACACAGACUCACACAGCACCAAACAGACACACAGUUGGACAUGCACACACAAACACGCUGUAAUACAUUGUCAGUCACACACAGAUAGCCAGAGACUCAUAUACACUUUGUCAAACAGACACACAGUCAGAUAUUCACAUCCACACACAUUGUUAGAUACACACACAUCCAAGGUCAAAAAGACACACAGUUGAGAACACAUCCAAUGUCAAAUACACACAACCAGACCUACGCACUCAUACACAAAAGAUACAUAUGCACAUAGAUACGCAUACACUGUCAAACUGACAUACAGCAAGAGACACACACAGUCAGACACUUACAAGUCCAAAUCCCCAACCUCUUCCCUACACAGUAAAAAAACAUAAUUUUACCCUGCCCCUAUGCUUUACUCUCAUCAGACAAUCCUAACAUGGAGGCCAUGAAUUGAAGCUUGCUUGGCAGCACAGUGUGAGAGAUGGAGGGAGAUGAUAUAAUAUGCCACAUCCCUGCCCUCUCCACACACUGCAUGUGUCUGAUGCUCAACUGCCAGUUAGAGCAGCUUUAUGGUAAUGCUAGGAGGAAGUGAUAUCUAUGAUAUCACAUCCUCCAGUGCUGCUGCCUGUGUGGGAGCUAAGCAGGCUCUGCAGUCCAGGAAAGAAGAAAUAUAUAUCUGACCAAAUGGACUACUAAGUACUACAGAGCCUACUGCACAUCCCUGAGUUGGACCGGGCCCUUUACAAGUUUACUGCCUGUACCCCGCUGAUGGUGGGCGUGUGUAACAACCAGACAGAUAUAACAACAAAAAGUGCAUAUAUUGUAAUUCUGUUUAAAACACUGACUAUUUGUAUAAAAACAAAGGACACUCACACUUUUAAAAACAUUUAUAAACAAAAGUUAAAAAUAAGCAUUUAUAAUAAAGUUCAAAGGACCAAUCCAAAGAGUCAUAGUUGGUACACCUUCGUCUUUAUGAUGGAAUUAUUCGAUGUGUGACUUACAUAAAGUCAUCAUGGUUCUAUAUUGUGGGUUGUACGAUAUUGUGAUAUGAGCAUAUAUCUACUCUUAAGGCUACAAAGCCAGACUAUGUACAGUCUUGUGAGGCCAAUAGGUUUUUGACAGCUAUUGUGACACAACAUGCUCUGCAACAAAUUGACUUUUAUUUGGGAUAUUAAUCAAGAUUUUAUUUUAAUUGUGAGAAUUUGAUAUCAAUUCCUUCACAGAGUAGAAUAUGUGAAGUCACCUUGACCAGCUCAGCUUUCUUAUCCUGCAACAAGCUUGUAGAUCCUAUGCAAUACAUUAAUGCCUGUGUGCAAGAUCUAUGUCGUUGUGCAAAAAAUGCAACUGGUUUCUGCCUAUGCAACACUUUCACUGAGUAUUCCAGACAGUGCGCCCAUGCCGGAGGUGUACCUGGAAAUUGGAGGAGAGACAGCCUGUGCCGUAAGUCUCCUUUUUUUCACAUAUUCAGCAAUUUAGCUCCUUACUUUUGACUAGAGGUUAACAGAUGGCUAAGCAGUGCAUGUUCUUCAGCACAUCAAUACACUUAUUUUAUUUGUAUUUUUUUAGUUUAAUUUUAACUACUUUGAAAUGAUUACCACCCUAUUGCACAUCUCAUCAAUUAUACCAGAUUCCUUUUAAUAUUACAGCAUUGACAUGUAACCAGAAUCUACAGUACAAGGAAUGUGGAAACCCAUGUCCAAACACUUGCACCAACCUCGAACACUCAUCAGUCUGUGACAGCCACUGUAUUGAUGGAUGCUUUUGUCCAGAAGGUAAAAACUUUGUCUAUGAAGGUAUAAAUAGGAAAUGGGUUCAAGCUAUGCAGUUGGGAAUGUUUAUGUAUUUGAUUCAUUGCAUUAUUUUAACAUUUGCAUGACAUGUUUUAACUCUUUUCAUGUGAUAGGAACCGUGUAUGAUGACAUCAACAACGCAGGUUGUAUCCCAAGACAGCAGUGCUCCUGUUCCUAUAAUGGAAAUGUCUAUGCAGCAGGCACUGGGUUUUCUGAGAAAUGUCAAUCUUGGUAAACUCACUUUUUCUAUACAUCUGACCUUAUGACACAGUUUAAAAAAUAAUGUUACUUGAAAGUUUUCUCUAAAAUAUGUAAAUUAAACCUGUAUCAUCUAAAGGAAUUAAAGAAACGAUCUAUCGAUCUAUCGAUCUAUCGAUCUAUCUAUCUAUCUGUCUGUAUUCGAUCACAUUCAUUCCUUUUAUGACUUUAUAAUCUUUUAUUCAUACUUUGUUUUUAUUUUGCUUUAUUUGUCGUCAUGGACAUCACAGACAUCAUAUCAAACGUGAAAUUUAAAUAAAUCAUGUCAGGAGUACAUUUCUUUUUUAUUAACCACCAAAUGCCAUGGAUAUAGGGUGCUAAAUUAUAUAUACCUAUACCCUCAACAGGUCCACAUUAGAAUAUAUAAACAAACACCCUAGCCCACUUAAUUUAUCAUAAUAACUCUUUGUUCAUACAAAAAUAGACAUACAAUAUUUAUCCACCAAUUUAUAAAAAACUAUGUAGAAAUAGAUCAGUUCACUGUAUAAAUAAAUAUGGAGUUACAUAUAGCUUUAAAUAUAUUAGAAAAUCUAUCAGAGCAAUUACCCACUAGAUCAUAAGUGUUACCUUUAAGGUUAUGCCAAGUUAAACAACAACAACAGCUGUGAUCUCCGCUCUCUUCUCCAUUUAACACAAAUUUGGGACAAUUCCCAGAAGAACCUAGUUGUUCAGAGAACACAUAUUCAAUGCAUAUUCUACUCAUAUUAUGUGUUGAUCAUUGCAGCUACUUUCUUCUAGUUUAUUGUCCCUAUAGAUAUGUUGAGCGUGUCUGUUCUUUUAAGUGAGAAAACCUAAAAUUAAUUCCAAUAUUAUCUUUCACUAUCAACAAUCUAAACAGUUACAAAUAUGAAGAAAUUAAUAUUAUAUAUGUAAUGUUAGUCCAAUAAAAAAGGUAUCAUUGCAUACUGCAAUAAUCUGGUACUUUGGCAUAUAUAUAUAUAGAAAAUAGUAAAUGAAGGCUUGCACUCACGGUCUUUUUCUUGUAUAAAAGUUUUCUUUCUUUAUUCCAUAUCUCUUAAAACAUAAUUUCUGUUAGAAUCAACGUUUCAGCCAUCGUCCAUGGCUUUCAUCAGGAUCAGUUCAGCAAAAAACUUUUUUUGCUGAACUGAUCCUGAUGAAAGCAACGGACGAUAGCUGAAACGUUGAUUCUAACAGAAAUUAUGUUUUAAGAGAUAUGGAAUAAAGAAAGAAAACUUUUAUACAAGAAAAAGACCGUGAGUGCAAGCCUUCAUUUACUAUUUUCUAUGAUAUUUGACUUUGGCUGGAAUGCACCCGGCAUUUGAAUAACUUGAAAGAGUGUGUGCAGGGAUAAAAAGGAACAUUAUAUAUAUAUAUAUAUAUAUAUAUAUAUAUAUAGCAAAAUCCAAAUAGAUUAUGGUGGGGAAAAAUUGUGAUUGAAAACCCCUUCCACCUGAAGUAUGUGGAUAGUUAAUACAAUGCUAAACAAAAAUCUGCACACCAGUCAAGCCAUAAGACUUGCUUUUCCCACAGAAAUCCCAAAUCAGCAGUGAUGUUACAACCGCAAAGGAUUUGGAUAUUUUGCUUGCUUCCAAGCACUACCAAGCCUCCAUAAGCAAACCAGUAACCAACCUCAUGCUGAAGAGUUGCAUUAACAACGAAACAGCUGUCCAUGAGUGGUUCACUGGUUUUGCAUCUUAUCCUAAAUUGUGUUCCAAGCAGUUGUAUACUGCAAACACAAAUUAAAAGGAAUCCAUGUUUAAAAUGGAAUGAGGCAAAAAUGUGAUUCUUUGUUAAACUAAUUUGCAUAUGCCCACCCAGAAUCCUUUGCGGUUGUAACAUCACUGCUGAUUUGGGAUUUCUGUGGGAAAAGCAAGUCUUAUGGCUUGACUGGUGUGCAGAUUUUUGUUUAGCAUUGUAUUAACUAUCCACAUACUUCAGGUGGAAGGGGUUUUCAAUCACAAUUUUUCCCCACCAUAAUCUAUUUGGAUUUUGCUUCCCAAGCACUACCAAGCCUCCAUAAGCAAACCAGUAACCAACCUCAUGCUGAAGAGUUGCAUUAACAACGAAACAGCUGUCCAUGAGUGGUUCACUGGUUUUGCAUCUUAUCCUAAAUUGUGUUCCAAGCAGUUGUAUACUGCAAACACAAGUUAAAAGGAAUCCAUGUUUAAAAUGGAAUGAGGCAAAAAUGUGAUUCUUUGUUAAACUAAUUUGCAUAUGCCCACCCAGAAUCCUUUGCGGUUGUAACAUCACUGCUGAUUUGGGAUUUCUGUGGGAAAAGCAAGUCUUAUGGCUUGACUGGUGUGCAGAUUUUUGUUUAGCAUUGUAUUAUAUAUAUAUAUAUAUAUAUAUAUAUAUAUAUAUAUAUAUAUAUAUAUAAUAUAUAUAUUAUUUAUAAUUAUACCUUUCAGCACCUGUGCUGAUGGCAAGUGGAAAUGUGCCGAAGAUGCUUGCUUAGGAUCCUGCUCUGUUGUGGGAGGCUCUCAUAUUACCUCUUUUGAUGCCACGCAAUACACAUUUCACGGAGACUGCAGUUAUGUCUUGGCUAAGGUAAGCAGAUAUAAAAAUUACGGUGUCCUUGUACAUAGUAAAAAAAAUGUAAUCUGAAACAUAGCAACUACAUAAUUCAAUGAGAUAGUUUAAUGGGAAGUACCCUAGCAUAGUGCUUCUGUGUCAAAUUAUCAAUUUCUGGCAAGGUAAGUUUUGCCUAUCAACCUUCCAAGAUUGACAAGAUAAAUAACAUUGACCUAAGUAAUAAUUUCUGUACCUCAGGACGCAUGUGAAACCUACAGCAUCAUUAAUUUUGCUUCAUUUCUUUAAUUUAGACGUGUAACGGGCCCACCUUUAGUAUCCUAGGAGAACUUCUUCAGUGUGGUCUGACUAAUACAGAGACUUGCUUGAAAAGUAUCACCCUUAUUUUAGAUGGUGGAAAUGAGGUAAGUUUUGUAGAAUCAAAUAUAUUUUUUGAAUUGCUAUUUUGUGUUUGCUCUUUAAAUUACAAUUUCCUUCUGUGCUUUCCCAACAGCUAAUUUAUAUUAAACCUUGUGGAAGCGUUUAUGUGAACUCCGUCUUUACACAACUUCCAGUGUCAACAGGUAUGCUGCUAUUUCUUUUCAUACAUCUCCUUGGGUCCUUAAGACUUACUUUAAGUAAAUAAAAUACCAUUGCCUUUUAGCUUGAUAUUGUUCAUCUGUAGCAGAAAAGACAACCAACUUUUCUUCUUAUGUAGAAUUUUAGUUGAUUCUUAAAGGGACACUAUAGUCACCAGAACAACUGCAGCUUAAUGUAGUUGUUCUGGUGAGUAUAUUCAUUAUAUGCAGGAAUUUUCAUGCAAACACUGCCUUUUCAGAAAAAAGGCAGUGUUUACAUUGCUCAUAGCGAAACCUCUAAGUGGCCACUCCUCAUAUGACCACUGGAGCUGCUCCCUGGCCCAGUGCUGCACAGUAGGCAGCACUGGCAUUCAGCAUCUCCAUACUGUCCAUGGGGACGCUGAAUUUUCCUCAUAGAGAUGCAUUGAUUCAAUGCAUCUCUAUGAGGAGGUGCUGGUUGGCCAAAAUGGUGUUUGGCCCCGUCCCCUUGCCGAUUUUAUCCAAUCUAAUGCUUUCCCCAUGGGAAAACAUUUGAUUGGCUAAAAAUCAGCUAUUCUGAUUAUGUCACCAAUGGGUGAACGGCGCUGGAAAUAAGAUGAAUUUUAAUUGCUUUUAAGGGACUAAGGGGGGAGCAAGCCACCUAAAUGGUGGCUUUUGCACUAUAGGAUCAGGAAUACAUGGUUGUGUUCCUGACCUCAUAGUGUUCCUAUAAUCAAGGCCUGAUGGCAUUCAUUACAGUUAAUAAAUAAGAAACAUUAAUUUCAAUAAAAUGUGUGGUUUUGGAGACUAGAAAUUGAACAAAAAUUGUAACAAAUUCAGACUAUGAGAAGUUGAAAUUCACUUAAAAUAAUAAUCAACUAUGCAAAAUAAUUUUUUGUUCUACAGCAAGUGUUACAAUCUUCAAGCCUUCCACCUUUUUCAUAAUCGUGCAGACUGCAAUUGGAGUCCAGAUUCAAGUUCAACUUGUUCCUAUGAUGCAAGUGUAUCUCAGUGUUGACCCAUCCUAUUCAAGUAAACUCUGCGGUAAGACAUUUGCAAAUAGUUGUUUUUUUUCAGGUUAAUAAGAAAACACCAGGGUUUCACUAAAAUAAGAAUUGCCAAGAAUUCAAAGUAAAUUCAAAAUGAAUUUCAAAUUUAAGGCUAAACUAGCCAAACUUAAAAUAAAAUUCAGUUGAAGACAUUCUCUAAUUCAACUAUUUUGGCAGACAUUUUGAAAUUUGCUUUGAAUUAGCCAUUUGCAUAUGCCCACCCAGAAUCCUUUGCAGUGGUAACAUCACUGCGAAUAUCUGAUUUCUGUGUGAAAAGCAAGUCUUAUGGCUUGACUCGUGUGCAAAUAUGUGUUUGACAUUGUAUUGACUAUAUAUGUAUAUGUAUAUAUAUAUAUAUAUAUAUAUAUAUAUAUAUAUAUAUAUAUAUAUAGCUAUAAUAUCUAAACCCCACAGAAAAAAAUGUGAUAACAUUAAGCUUAACUCAUUUCAAUUCAAAUGCACAAGUAUGGACUCUUUAAUUUGGGUGUGACUAGGGGCAGGGCUUUUCUAAGAAAUGAAGGUGAUUUACUAAUAACAAUGUAUAACACUAAAAUGCAAUUUAAAACAUUAUUAGACUGAUUUGUAAACACUUUUGUUGUAAUUUAAAGACACAUUACAGUGAGUAUUAUUUCUGUGGAGCUUUUUUUAUACACUAAGACACACCAAAAAUAUGGAGCUCUUAAAAAAGAGGGACACUAUAAUAGUAAAGAGGGACAGGGGUAGUUAGGCCAAAAAUGGGAAUUAAUUAAUUAUUAAUUAAUUAGUAAUUAAUCAAUGAAUAACUUGUUUCUCGACUACCAAUAAUAAAGAGCAUCUGCAUAUAUUCAACUGAAAUAUACAACUACCAUAUAUAAAAGUGAGAAAAAAGUACAGUACAACAGGCAUGUGAUAAUAUUUGUAUCCCUAAUUAAAAAUGUUUUUGGGAGAUUUCACAUAGCUUGCUUAAUAAACUACAAUACACGUGUAGUUACAAUAUGAACAUUACAGACAAGCAGUCAUCCUUUGUACUGAGGCAAAACUAAACUGAAUAAUAACCCACCCCUCUAACUAUAUUGCAUUUGUAUGGACAGCAGCUCACAGUGUAAACUUAUUGACACACAGCUAUGAUAUGAUUGAGAGCAGAGAGAGACUGAACAGAAACAGAUUGUAAGCCUAAGGAGACAUGGUUGCUAAUAUUCAAACUGAGGCAUUGUUAUGAGAGCGUAUAUUACCUAACUCUUUCUAUAUCUCUCUCGCUCCAUCCAUCCAUCCAUUUAUAUUAAUGCUUAGUGAUAGAGUAUUGUACACAUGCAUACUUAAUUGAAUAGUUAAGUUGCUCAUGGUUUCAGUUUGCUAGAACCUUAAAAGAAACUCUUAUCAAAGACCGUAACACAAUAUAUUUUGUCUAACAGGACUCUGUGGCAACUUCAACAAAAUUCAAGCUGAUGACUUCACAGUGCUCAGUGGAGUGGUUGAAGGGACAGGAUCCUCUUUUGCCAACACAUGGAAGACCCAAGCUGACUGCCCUAAUGUCAAGAACAGUUUUGAAAACCCAUGUUCACUUAGCAUUGAAAAUGGUAUGUCAUGCAUAUUAACUUACAAAAAACAAACAAAAAAAAACAAGGACAAGAAGUUUGACAAGGAGGGAUUCGUUCGGGAGGGGAUGGGACAGGUGGGGGAUAACAGCAUAAGGUAAAAAAUAAAAAAAUAAGAAAAAGGAAGGGAAAAGAAAAGAGAAAGAAAAAAAAAGAAAAGAGAAACUUUGAUUAUGACAGUGUACCAUGCCCAAAGACUGUGUACUUAAUGCACGAAGGGCUGGUGCAAGUCUGAAAAAAAGGAAAAUUACAUUAUUUCAUCACAGGAAUUAGACACGAUGCUUAACUCCUGUAGUAUCACAGGCCUCCCAACCAUCACAAAUUUGGUGGGACAGUCACGUUUUUCAGUUCCUGUCCUGCCAUCCCAACUUUGUUCCCUGUGUUCUGCUUUUCGGGAUACCAGGGAACUAUCUCUCUAAAACUAUGCAAAGACCACUAGGACCCUACAGAGAUUGCUAAAACAUUGCUCUUUGCAUAAUCCACCCUUGGUGGGCCAUCCUGGCUGAUUGGCAGACAGCCCAAACCUUCUAACUCUUCAGUGGACAAAUCCCCACUCUGGGCGUUACCUUUUGCCCAAUCUAAACACAUCAGAAGAUGCUUAUGUUGGAGAGUGUGGUAACAUGCUUGGGCAAAACACAUGUUAGUGUGAUACUCCUUACUUAUCUGGUCUUAAAGAUUUUAAAGAUCAUUAUCGUGCCAGAUAAUCAUCUACUUUACUACACCAUCAGGUAUUACAUUAACAAUAUCAGGUAGAGAUUUUAUAUUGAUUAUGAUAGCAGAUUAGACGUCAUCAGCUCUAACGUGAUUCUGCAAUUAAUUUGUAAUAUGUAUUAUGUACUGGCAUGCCAGUUGACUUCAGCAACACUCUGAAUCUGCUGGGUGACUGACCAGUAUGCCAGCUUCGCAUACAGAGCAUUAAGCUGUUACACUUUACAUGCAUAUAAUGCCUCAAAUAAGUAACACUGCAUACAGUUGUUUGGUUGGAUGAAGAUGGUUUGGCACUGUUAAUUUCGAUUUUGGUGUGAAGCUUCUAGACUCUUUUUAUAACUCCAACUUUCCAACAGAUUUUCUAAAUUUGUUGCAUGUUCACUGUUUUGGUGAUUUAUUAUCUUGUAUUCAUUGCUAAUAAUUAAUGUACUAUAAACAAAAGUAUAAGAAUGUGAGAAAAAAUAUGCACAUAAUUUAAAUGCACAUAUGGAAUAGAAAAUAUAGUUCUUCUUUGUAAAAACAUUAAGGGUACAAAGAGUAGGUUGUAAGAAAAAAGGUGUAUUGACUUCUAAGUGUGUGGUACAUCCCAGUUAGCAAAUCAAGUAGUUUAUCUCUCAUGCAAAGAAUAUUGACGUGCAAUUUGAAUUUAGAAUGAUUGCAUUUAACUUCAGAUAGUGUCUUUAAAGGACUGUGGUUCACACAGCACACAUCACACAACAACAUAAAACGCGCUAUAAUAUAUGGGAUAUGCACAGCACUCCAACUGAAAAUGAUGUGACACAUUUUACUUUGGUGAGAGCUCAAUGCUGAGGCUAUAUAAACUGGUGGUUUAUAGCAAAUUGUACAUGCAGGAACUUUGAAUGUAAUAUAAUGUGUUAUACAAUAAUAAUACAAUAAUUUAUAAUGCACUACAAAAGAAUGGUUUAACUCAUGCCUUGAGUGUCACUUUAUGUAGAAAGCCAGCUUGAAGGACAGAGAAGGUAUUUGAUAUGUUUCUUUGUAGAACUUGUUUUGACCAAAUUGUUCUCUAAACCAUGUUUGACUGUUUUACAUAGAGCAAUAUGCAGAACACUGGUGCGCUCUGAUCACAGACCCUAAUGGACCAUUCGCAGCCUGUCAUCUGAAAGUAAAUCCAACCACUUAUCAAUCGGUAAGUUAUACUCAGAAUGUAAUUUUAAAUAGUUAUUUUCAAAUACAGAUGCCCAGAAUUAUUUAAUCACAACUUAUCAUUGUUAUUUAGCAUGGAUUUGUUUUAUAAAGUGUUUUGAUUCUUACAGAACUGUAUGUUUGACACAUGCAAUUGUGAAAACACAGAGGACUGCAUGUGUGCUGCACUUUCGUCAUACGCCCAUGCAUGCUCUUCAGCAGGAAUUGUUCUCAAGGGAUGGAGAAAAAAUAUCUGCAGUAAGUACGAAAGCUAAUGAUUUCACUAAUAUAAUGACACGCAUAGAUUUCUAGGGUGGUUUAAUAUGCAGAUAGCCCAGCUUUAAAGUAUGUGUAAUAUCUGUAGACAGCUUAAUAAAACUUGCUAAUAUAGCAGUGCAAUAAUUAGAAUAUAAUAAUGUAUUCUCUAUAUUCUCUUGCAAUGUGAAAUGUUCUUUAUACUUCAGAUACCUAUACCUCCACCUGCCCCAAAACUUUGAUAUACAGCUAUCAUGUUAGAAGCUGUCAGUCCACCUGCCGUUCCCUCAGUGAACAUGACAUCACUUGCGACAUCUCAUUUGUACCUGUUGAUGGCUGCAUAUGUCAGAAUGGAACCUAUCUAGAUGACUCCGGUGUAUGCGUUCUCCCUACUUCCUGUCCUUGUUAUUAUAAGGGCACAGCAGUACCUCCAGGCGAAGUGGUCCAUGACAAUGGGGCUUUGUGGUAUGUAUGUUUUAUUUUAUGUACAGAUUACAGGAAAUACAACAAAACUCACUAGAACAAAAUUAGUAACUAACUGAGGUCCAAUUUAUUUAUAGAAAAAUAAAUAUUGAUAAUUUACUUAUAUUAUUAUUUAACUCUCUGAAUCCAGUAUAAUAUUUUUUUCAGUUUUACAUGGUAAGUUAGAAAACUGUGACUUGUCUCAGAUUCAAAAUGAAUUUAAAAUGCUAUGCCAAAAUAUCCAAACUGAAAACAUUGGUAAUUUGAGCAUUUAUUUUUCAGUUUGGCUAUGGAGACCUCAAGUUUUGAAUUCACAUUGAAUACCUGACAGUUCACACAAUAACCCUGUGUGUAGCUUUACAUCAUAAUUUAAUUUCUUUUAAUAUACGAGAAAUAUCCAUACCUUUUAUUCUAUAUAUAAACAUUUUAUCGCAAAACCUCCUAUUAUUUAACUUUACUUUUUUUGUACUACAGCACUUGUACCAAAGGAAAACUGGACUGUAUAGGAGAAAAACCUCCAGUUACCUGUAAGAUAAUAUGUUAUUUAUUUAUUUAUGUAUAUAUUUUACAAAAUCUGCCCUGGCACCCUUACUUAGCUCUCUUAUAUGUUGUGAAAUUACGUCCCAUCUUAUUCUGAUCUGAGGCGGGGGACACCUUCAGGGUUAUUCACUAAAGUGAGAAAUUUGGGGAAUUCAAAGUGAAUCUCAAGUUUAAGGUCACAAAAGCUGAACUGGAAAAAUUAUCUAUAUCCGCUAUGCUUCCAGUUCAGUUACGUUAACCUUAUAUUUGAAAUUCACUUUCAAUUAAUUUUGAAUUCCCAACAAUUCUCACUUUAGUAAAUAACCCUGAUGGUUUUAUUUUGCACUCUGACCUUUUCUCGCUCUCGUUAUUUGGUCUAGGUUGAUAGCUUUGAGAUGUCAUGGGUGUUGCAAGUUGUUUAGAGAAUAUUUAUCUACAUUUAUGUUACAGCAUGUACAGAAUGGACAAAUCAGUCCUCAUCUUGAUUCUUUUAACAUCUAGAGUAGAAGAUUCCUUUGGAUAGCAAGCUGAAAUUCUAAAUCCAAAAGAUCCUGUAGUGAAUAUUAUGCCAUUUUUGAACAUUGUGGAACCUUGGAAACAGAAAACUUGCAUAGCCUUUUUGGAUUUAUGUAAAACAAUUAUUUCGUUUUUUUAUUUUGAAAAAUAUCAUAAUAACCAAGUUGCUUUCACUUCUGAAAUGAUAUUCUAAUAUUUUCUACAACUUAAAAAAUCUUUGCAGAUGUUUAUGUUUGUAAAUAUGGUAUUGUUCUAUUAAUAAAUUCUUGAAUCUUAUGCUUCAGCAUGUAGCGCCCCCAUGUUCUAUUUUGAUUGCACCAACAAGACUGCUGGCACAAGGGGAUCUGAAUGCCAGAAGAGCUGUCAAACCCUGGAUAUGAAUUGUGUAAGUAAUCUGAAAACAUCCAAAUCUAUUUUUUUUUAUCAACUUCUUACAUAUCAGCCUGCUAUCCACAAUUCUUCAUAAAUAGGCAACUUAAAGGGAUAAAAUGUGUGCAGUCCUCUCACUUUAUGCAAUCUGCCCAGAUCAGGAUGUAGCUUUAAAAAUGUUCAUCCCAUUUUAUUCAAUGUGAGGGCAGAGCUUAUUCCAUUAACCGUUUGCCAGCAGGGAUUAUGUAAUGUUAUGAUAUAUGUUAACACUAGCAGUGUCAUUCAUACAGAGUAAAAAUUAAAAAUAGUACCCAAGCUAAUAGAAACAGAGGGACAUGUCAAUGGCAAUGGCGCUUCAUACAAUGCAACAGAGGAGCUACGUACAGGAGAUGAUGACAUGUAUGGGAUGCACUGUCUAAUGGACACACACAUACUAUUACUUAGUUAGGAGUAUAAUGUGUUUGUGUGAUCAUUUAGGCUUAUUACUGAGGUGACUUUUCUAAUAGAAAGGUGACAAUGAAAGGGUUCCUCCAUGCCCAAUAACCCAUACAAGAGGCAUCAGUUGUUUUGCUGCUGGAAGUGUCCUAUAUUUUGAUAUUUUUUAGGCUGAAGUAGUGCUCUGCCGACCCUAGAUAAAAAGUUUUAAAAAGUUUACAAUGGCAGGCACUUCUGGCAUCAUAAUCAAUUCAGUGAGCUGUAGUGGUUACAGUGCUUGGAGUUUUAUUUUAAAUCUUACAUAUUAUGUUUUUAUUUAAUGUUCAUGGAGGUAACUCACAAACGGCCUGGAAUAUGAGAAGACAUGUUGUUGUUGGUUUUGUAGGUGUAAUAUUUUCUUUAUGUAUUCCCCUAUGCAGUACAGUACACAGUGUGUGUCCGGCUGCUUGUGCCCUGUAGGAUAUAUCACUGAUGGAAAAGGAGGCUGUGUCACAGAGGAUCAAUGCCCAUGUCUACACAACAAUGAAGUCUACCUGCCAGGUGCUAAGAUCAAUAUGAAAUGCAAUACUUGGUGAGUUCCCCAUACAUCUAAAACAAGACUUUAGACAUUGAUGAAUUAUUGAAGUACAACUUCACUUGCUUACUUGAUAUGUGCCAGUUCUCCAUGCUGAAUGUGGAAUUUUCUAAAUGAUUUUGCUUGUCACAGUGUAUGUCGGAACAGAAAUUGGGACUGCACCACUGAAUCAUGCAUGUCAACAUGCUCUGUGUACGGAGAUGGACACUAUGUUACCUUUGACAGCAAAAGAUACAGUUUCAAUGGAGACUGUGAAUACACAUUGGCUCAAGUAAAUAAAUUUUUCUACUUUUGGCAUAUAAGGCAUGUUAAGAGAACAAUUAACAUAAUAAUGGUUAUAUUUCAGAGUUAGACUUUAUAAAUAAUUUGUUAAUAAUCAAAAAUGUUAGUGUACAGAACACAGGCCUAUACAUUAUAAGGUGAUUAUGUAGCAGCAGUAAUUGUACUCAUGAAAUUGGACUUAUUGGGUAAUUUUAAAAUAGUAAUUCUGGGACAUUAGCAGUAGCAUGAUGCUUGUUUCUAAUCUCAUUGCUCCAUGUAUAGAAGAGUUUCUAAAUUGAACUCAGCUGAUCUUUACAAAUAAAAUCUGUAGCAUUGGGUUCUGCAAUUGUGGAUAAUUCUUUUUAUAUCAUUAUGUUGUACACUGAAAGUUAAAUAACAUCAUAAUUUUUCUUCACAGGAUUACUGUGGUGAUAGUGCUGGAGGUUCUUUCCGCAUCAUCACAGAGAAUAUCCCUUGUGGUACUACAGGAACUACAUGCUCUAAAUCCAUCAAGGUCUAUCUUGGAGUGAGUUUCAAAUGUGAACAAAUUACAUAGAAAGGAAAUGGUUCAUAACAACUAAAACUGAAAAUUAGAUGUCAGAUGCUAUAUAAUUUUUUGUGUUUAUUACAUUUGCAGAACACUGAACUGAUACUUGCUGAGGAUAAUUUGCAAGUUGUAAAAAGAAAUGAUGGUCAAAAUGUUCCAUACAAAGUGCACCAAAUGGGAAUAUAUAUGGUUAUUGAAGCAGUGAAUGGGUUGGUUUUGACGUGGGAUCAGAAAACUAGCAUAUAUAUUAAGCUGGAGUCCAAUUUCAAGGUAAAUUCAUUAAGCCUGUGUUUAUAAUUUAACAAGUAACAAUUUAUGGGUCUGCUCAAAUCUGGAGCUCAAGAUUUCCUUAUAUAUGGUUUGGGUGAUGAUUUACGUGCAAUUAAACAUCUGACUUCGGUGGCGCAGACAUAUUAACUGUAUGUAAUAAUUACUCUUUCUCUAACAUUGCAAGACACUCAUUUCAAAGUAAAAAUGUGCUUUGAACAAGGGCAGAGACAGGAUGGGGACACUGGGGAUUAUACAGAAUAAUCUUGUGUAGCAGCAGUACCUGGUUAUAGGCAUAUUUAGGUUUGUGUUUAAUGAUGCUUUGGCCAUUCCGUUUAAGAAAUAUUUUCUAAACUUUAUAGGGAACUCUAUAGCAUACAUACUUACUGUUGAAUUAGUGAUAUCAGUCAUAUAUAAUGAGUGUAUUUGUCAUAAUUCAAAAGUAGGCAGUGCUAUUACAAGUGUAUAUUAUUGAAUAGAAUGUACAGUUUAUCCCGUAACAUCCAUAUUAGAAAGAAGUAAACAAUGCUGCUUCAACCUCCAAAAUGUUUUUAAUUUGCUUACAAACUGAUAUACUUAAACAGAAAAAAUGAAAAGUGGGGUAGAUAUUAAAUUUAAAUUUGCAAAUCUGUAUGAUGGAAACUGUAAGUUGAAACGGGAAUUCAAAGUGGAAAUGUUCUCUUCUAAAGAUAAUUUAUUAGUGCUAUUAGCAUAACUAACACAUACAACGUAAAUACAGCUCACAGAGUGGUAUACAUUGGUCAAGACUAAGGUGAAGCAAUAAAAUUUAAAGCACACAAAAUAAAAAAGAAACCAUUAGCAGUAACUACAAGUACUUGCCUAGACCGUGCCAAAAAGUUAAUAAAUAAAAAUAUGCUAUAAAAGCAAAAUUGAAAUUAUGUAUGUAGCGUAAUUGGCUUUUCUGAGAUUCACUUUACAUUACUUAGAAAAUAUAUACUUGUGUGUACUAGAAGGUAUUGUAACUCAAAUAUCAAAGGACAAAUACACCAACUAUUGAAAAUAUUUUUAUAAAACAUUUAUAAUAAAUGUAAAUUUUACAAUGUUUAAAAAACAAUAAAAAUAAUAGCAGGAUAAUAAAUGUCCAAAAUAGCCUUUUAGACCCAACUAUCUGUUGCUGUUUCAAAGAACAAAGACCUUCAACAAUCCUUAGUAAACAAUGUAAAAAAAAGACAUGCCACAGGCAGGCUCCUAUAUUAAAAUAUAUUUAUUAAAACAUUAUAGAUACAAAAUUCGAUUUUUUUUGCCUAAAGAGGUUAUUUUAUCUGAUUCUGAAGAGAUUUUUUUUCACUAAAGCAAGAAUUUAAAGUGAAUUUAAAGUUUAAGGCCAAAGAAUUACAGGAGUAUUUUUCCAUUUCCACAACUGUUAAAUUUUAAAUUCAAUUUGUAUUCUCUCUUUAGUGAAUAGCCCAGCAUGCAUUUUUUUUAGGAACACAGAAUUUUCAAGGAUAUAGUAUUUAUUAUGCAAAGUACACUUAUACAUUAGUUGAGCAGCAGGCAACAGGCAAGGCUCUUAAGCUGUCCCUAAGUUUUUUAAACAACUUCAAAAUACCCCAAAAUAGUGAAAGUGGCACAUUAAGAUUCUUAGUUUUUAGCAAACCUCCUGAUAAUGGUUUCAGAUUAACCGUAGGAUGUGGUUGGAUAGGAUGGAGAGAUAUGUCAUCCUUAUUCAGUUUACCCCAAAACUACUACAAUAAGCUUAUAUUAAAAAUAUUGUUAAGAACACAUUAUUGUUUUGACCUUUGAUUAACAUUGUUUUGGUGAUUUAAUGAGUUACAUCUUUUUUUAAUAGGGUAAAGUAUGUGGGCUUUGCGGUAACUAUGAUGGUAAUUCAGUCAACGAUUUUACCACCAGAAGUUUCUCAGUGGUUGGAGAUGUUAUUGAAUUUGGCAACAGCUGGAAACUUUCCCCGAGCUGCUUAGAUUCUGUGGCAAUUGGAGAUCCUUGCUCUUCCAAUUUAUACAGAAAAGCAUGGUCACAGAGACAGUGCAGUGUUAUUAAAAGCGACACCUUCGCAUCUUGUCAUCCUCUGGUGAGUAUUGUACAAGUCCUGCAUUGUAGUUGUAAAUAACAAAAAAUAUAUGCAAACAAAUGAUUGAUAUUUAUAAACCAGACUGACUUCAUUAAAGCUAUUAGAAUUUUUAAAUGGUGAUAAAUGACUUCUUAAUUUCUUGUCCAUGACCUAAUUUGGGAUUAUUAUUUUAAAUGCAUUCCUUUUUAUUGGGGUUCGUCAUGUGCUGCAAUGUAGUCAAAUUACUUCUUCCCUGGGCAAAAUGUUAUCUAACAAGGGAUAUUAAAGGUGGAUUAAUUUAAAUCAGGCUUUAUACAUGCAGAUAAUACUAAGCUUUGUGUAUAAUCCUAAACAUUCUAUAUAACCACCUUCCACGGACAGAAAAACCUGUUAAGAUGUCAAUCUUUAAGCAGUAUAUUCAUAUCCAAUUCAUUCUCGAAUUGGCAGUUUGUUCCAGCAAAUUUAUGACUUUUCUAAGAAAAACAUAUACAUAUUAACCUGUUAACACUGUUUGGGCGUUCUAUGCCGUCCCCAUUAUAAUGGGCUUUAAAGCACCAUCACCGGGCCCGAAGAAGCACAAUGUAAUGUAACAUGCCAACCUGUCUCACCAGUGGGCUUGAAGUUAGUUCCAUCUCAGUCGUUCCACCAAAGUGCCACAAUGGUUUAGGUUUUCUAAGUCGGUCGUCGGGACAGGUAGUCAAUCCACAGAGUCCAUAUCUGCAGGCAGUGUUCCAUAAUACCCUUCAGGGAAUACGUUUUGUUUUGAUCACAACUUGUACAAUUGGCUCCGUCCUUAAGGGGUUAAAGUGGUUGGCUUUGUCUAUAAUUACCAUUAGGACAUUUAAAAUGUGUUUUACUUGUAAAUGUCUCCAUUUCAGUUGUAUACAUGUGCAUAUAUAUUGUACUACACUACUAGACAGGUCUAUAAGUUACUUGCCACUGUAAGCAUGGAGGGUCCAUGGCACAUUCACCAAGGGUGAAUUUCCACUCGCCAGAACUACAUUUUUACUUAUCAAUGGCUAGUGGAAAUUUUCAUAUAUAUAUAUAUAUAUAUAUAUAUAAUAUUCAACUCAUUAACAAUGAUUCCUUCCAUUUUAAAAAAUGUCCAUGUGUUCAACUUCUAGGUCAACGCCAUUAGUUAUUAUGAUGCUUGUGUUAAUGAUGCUUGUGCCUGUGACACUGGUGGAGAUUGUGAGUGCUUCUGUACAGCUGUAGCAGCAUAUGCCCAAGCUUGCAGUGAAGCUGGAGCCUGUGUGACUUGGAGAAGUCCAACAAUGUGCCGUGAGUAAACUUCAAGAGAUCUUAUUAUAGCCACAAUGUAUUUGAAUCAACAUUAGAAUGAUUCCAUCAGUUCAAAUUAUUUAUCUACAAAAAUUCUCAUAGACUUAAAUGGUGACUUCUGUUGACAAAUCAUUUGAAAAUAUUUCUUCUAACAGAUAUCAAUCUAAUUAAAUCAAGGGCUACUUAUUUAUUUCAUAGUAACUUCAUUGAUAAUAAUGACUUUGCUUAAUUGAGUUAAACCAGUUUUUUUUUUCCUGCUGUAAAUAAAACAGGAAAAAUAAACAUGCUAAUUUUCCAUGAUAUAGAUGUAAAGCAUCCAUUUAUUGAAUCACUUUUUUUACUUAUGAUGUUUCUCUCCCACCAUCUCCAAAAACAAAAUGUCUGCUUAUGUUCACAAAAAUGGAAAUAUGGACUUUUCCUUGUGUAGGACAAUUAAUAUUGCAACACAAGGCAAAAGGCAGGCCUUUAAUGACAUCCACUUUCCUCCUAUCAGAUGUCACUCAUGUUUAUAGAUUUACAUUGUACAUGCUCAAGAACAUCUGUGAGGGACCCUUCCUAUGAGGAUUCUUUGUGCUGUAGUCUUUCAGUUUUUGAGAUGAUUGCAAGAUACAGACAUAAAUAAACUUGUACCAGGAUAUAUCGGAUAUAUCAGCAUAGUUAGCAAGAGUGAUACUUUACAUGUCGAAUAUAUGUUUGGUUAAUAGAAACAUCUCAUUUUUACAUAUUACUUAUUUGGUCAAUUAACUGGAAGCAUAACUACUGUAACGGAUCGCCUGGCACCCCGACUGGGUACCUCCGUUGAAAGAUGCUCCUAGCGCUUCCUGAGGACGCCAAGCACUGCAGCAGACACCACAAUCACCGAACCAGAGAAGCGUAUACCUUCUCUCAAGCAUAUGAAUGCUGUAGACAGUUGAAUAGGAACCAUACGAAUAGGUUUACUCUCCUAGCAGUCAAACUGGAACAGCAUACAAUAAAUCCUUCCCCCAAUAAUGAGACGACACUUCACUUUGAGGGUUAAAACAGGAACUCCCUGUACUGUCACAUACAGUCUCUUUUAUUCCCAAUCCACAAACAUAGUACAGCCCAUAGGGCGUUACAAAACAACCAAUCAAUCCGUACAAUACACCCAGACACUCCCACACAAAAUCCUCCCCUCUGCAUGUGAUAUGAUUACUGAACACAAUGGGUAAUCUCAUUAUCACCGGCAGAGGAAUACAGUUUUUACACAAUAUUUAUAACUCCUAAAAUAUAAAUGUCACAAACAUAAAACAUACAUUUUCAUAAUCAAUCCAUUCAGGGGAACAACAUAUUAAAAAAUGGCACGAAUCAGACCAGGGGUUCAAAAGUUAAGGGAAAGUCCUUUGUGACUAAAUGAAGCAUGGCUUUCUGGCCCAAACCAGUUUCAGAGUCUUCUAUCCUGGAGAUAAGUAAUUCAAUUAUCUCCCAGGACAGACACAAGACUCCAUUAAGCACAUGGUUGCAAAAAGACACAAAACACUUUAAAAUACAUAAAGUCACCUUUUAUACAUAAAACACAGACAUUUCACAUAACUACUGAAUAGCGCUCAGAUCCUAUUCACACAGUUCAAUUGCCAUUGAGCCGAAGUCUUUAACUACACGAAUGGGCUCCAUGGCAUAGCUAUCUGGAUUAAAACAUUCACAUAAAGUCUGGUCCAUAGUCCAAAGGCAAGAGGCGGGCAAGCAGCCCCCUCCAAGGACACGUGGCGCGGUCGGUUUCGCCACAACUACUAUUAUUAUUAGUGCAAUUGGGCCAUACAGAAUUCUUGUGUAUUAGCAAAUAGAGCGUGACACUGACUAGCAAGCAGACAUUCUAAUCUUUUCUAAUAAGUCUAAUAAGUCAUUAGUUUCAAUGGCAAAAAAAUCAUAAAAAUAAAGAUAAAAUCUUGUAAAAUAAAAAUUCUUAACACCAAAAAUGAACUGUGUGCAUAGGAAGUACCCCGGAGGUGGAGUGCUGUUAGUAACCCAUUGUCUUAGUGUCACAGGGCUCUCCAGCCAGAAAGCAUUAGGCAUUCUGAGUUGUCCCAAUGCCUGUGCAGAGUACAAUUCUUCUAUGUAAAGUAACAGAUCUGCUUCUGGGCCUUCGCGUGUGGAAGCUGUGCCAGUGUCAAAUGACCCUAAUUGCCCGCUGCCUGAAGAAAGUUUGCAGCACCAUUUUGCCCUGUAACUGCAGACAAUGGGAACAUUGUAACCCUCCACAGCCUCCAGCUCUUCUAGGUCAAAUCGUGGCAAUGAAGAUUGUGCUGUGAUACAUCAGGUGAUGAUUUGGUAGCCAACUUCUGCUAAAAAGAGAUGCACAAUCGGUCAAAUGCCUUUAGUAAGUCCUACUAGAAACAAUCACGUAUGUCAACCAUUUUGGAACCUUUAGGUGGCUUAGUGAGUUUCUGAGUUUGUCAGUGAAGGCCGGGAUCACCCCCACCAACCUGGGGGGGUAACGGAGCCCAGGAAAAUGCAAGAACAUCACCAAGCAAGGUUUUGUUCUGUAGUUUUAAACAUGCACAAGAGUAUAUAAAUGACACUGAUCAAGGUAGCUUAGGAUUUGAACAUAGGGAAUUUAUGGAACCAAAAUCGGAGAGCUUACAGUAAGCUCUUCUCCUACCAUGGUGCCAUCAUGCAGUGGACAUGACACCUGGGGAGGUUAUAAUUAAAAAAAAAAAAAACACAUUAGAAGACCUUUAUUAAAAUCUUUAAAAUACAAACCAUGCUGGUCCUGGUGUUCUUGGACCAAACUGAGUGUAAUUGGUAUUAGUGUGUGUGGGUUGGACUAAACUUUACUUCUCAACUACGCCCCCAUUAAUGAGGAACUCCAUAGGAAUUAUCACAACACAUCAUCUGUCCAAUAAGUUCUGCAGCCACAGAAUAAAAACCAAUUAAACCAAUUAAAUCUAUCAAGCAGAUAUUGGCAGAAGUUUUUUGUUUUUUUUUAUAAAAUUGCGAUUGCUAACAUUUCAUCUAUUUUUCAAAUUAAGUGUUCUUGCAUAGCAAGACCACUUAAUGUUAUCUCACAUAUAUAUUAUUAAGUGUUCUUGCAUAGCAAGACCACUUAAUGUUAUCUUACAUAUAUAUUAUUCUUAUUAUAGCCAAAUUUAACACCCUAACUCCUCCCAGAGUUUUUACACUACAUAGACAGUAAUAUACCGAAUGCGGAUUGUUCCCGGUCGGAUUGCUAGUACUUUGUGGAACGUUCCGCCGAAUGGUUCACGGAAUAUUGUUGUUCUUGUGGCGAAAUUGGUCCCAUAGGAAUGAAUGGCAACAUGUUCAAAACUAGAGUGGGAGCUGACAAAAGCCGAAAAAUCAGGACAUGAUUUCUAAACUGCCACCACUCCUUCAUUUUCAAGCCCACCUACACAAAUCUUAAAUCAAAACGUUCAGCUAUCCCUGCUGCCACUAAACAUUUCCACGGCUAAGCCAUAGUCCUGAUAGUUUUCACAAUAUGACCAUUUGUUUGCAACUCACGCCGUCCAUUGACAUUCAUUGAAACUACACUCUAGCCAGCCCACACUUGAAGGGCAAUUUCUGCGACUGUGCCUUCAUUUUUAAUACUUCAGAGACAUACUAUGCAUCAAAAUGUAGGUCUGGGUCUUGUGAUUCUCACAAUAUAAAGCUCUUUGCUGUAGGAUGCAUACGACCGUUUGAAGAUGGCAACCGCCAAAAUACUCUGACCUGUGCCAGGCUGGAGCAGCAAGUGAUGUCAUAGACAGGGCCUUUUGUACACCUGCUAAUGUUUUUAUAAAUGUAUGUUUUAAUGUAACUGUGAAGCACUUUGGGCAACAACGUUGCAAUUAAAUGUGCUAUAUAAAUAAAUAAUAACAUUUACUCCGCCCACUCCAGUUGUAGACUACUGGUGGAAAAUUGUAGCUUUUCUAGUUGAGAUAAGUCAUUGUUACAAAUAUUUAGCGUGAUAUCUAUUGUACAUAUUAGUGAUAUUUUACAAGUGAAUAUAAAAAAAAAAAUCAUAUUUUAGAAAAUCCUUAAAAUUUCACUUUUUCACCCACAGCUGUGUUCUGUGAUUACUACAAUUCUGAAGGACACUGUGAAUGGCACUACAAAGCAUGUGGAGCACCAUGUAUGAAGACCUGUAGAAACCGAGGUGGAACCUGCUAUCAUAAAUUAUCAGGGUUAGAAGGUAUGACUUCCAAUACAUGAACAAUGUUGUCAUAUAGGUUUCUAUUUUGUAAGUUGUAUAGCCCACCAAUUCUUUGUCAUUGAAUAAUAAGACCUUUUUAUCUAAUGAUUCUGUAGAUCUCCUUUUUCCAUUACUGCAUGGUGUUCCAUUCAUUUAAUUAUUCUACCUGUGCAUAAAGACUUUAGCCACAACUAAUGAAAGGACCUCAUCUUAUCUUUAUAGAUGAGAUAAAUAACUAUAUUAAUUUAAUGGCUCACAUAUAAUUAGAUUAAGAUUAAGAAACGGGAUUAAGAUUAAAGUAGCACUAUUUUCUUUGUUCACUUUAGAUGCUUAUUCUCACAUCUAUAUUUCUUUGUCUUCUGGAACUAGAAGAUAAGAGAGUGAGGGCCCGGGCUCCAUUUUUUGUGAACUAAUUAGUGAAGUAGAGAAUCUUAAAAGAGCAUGCAUUUCUUUAAAACAAUUGUCUCAUUCAAAAGCUUUAGCUUUAAAUAAGACAGUUGCCUCACUCUGCAGGAUGAAGAAAAGGACACUGAUCUAACCAAUUCCAUAGAAAUGCUGGAAAAUUGCAUUGGGCAUGCCUGACAGACUCACGCAUGUGCAGGUAGAAGAUUGUUUCACCUUGAAACAUUUUGACAGGGGUAGAAGAGAGAGUCUGAUACAUAUGAUUCAUGUCACAUUUUUCUCUCCCUGCUGUGUUAGUCAGGGGAGAAUGAGAAUUUUCUGUCAUUAGUGGACUGGUCUGGACUGGAUAAGUGGGUGGGUAAGAGGGUGUGGGAGGCUGUAGAAAUUCCCUGAAAGGAGUUCCCAACAAUGCAAUCUGUCCAUCUUUAUAGCUAUAUGAAGGCUAGCUCCAGAUGAAGGUGCAUUAUUUAUUAGCGCUGAAACACGCAGCGGGCGUUUCUAACUUUUAUCUUUUUGUUUGACUUUUGUUUAUUUGUAGCCAGCACUAUGAUUUAAGUUAGUUUUAUUUUUAGGUGGUUAUAACUGUAUUUAUGUUACCUAGUAUCUAGCUACCCCUGGGACUUUACCUUAUUGCUACUUAGUAGCAAUUUAUGUAACUUUUUUUGUAGUUUCAAGGGGGCUCAUGUUACUUAGGUUUCAACUCAAUUGAAGAUCUCCUAUACUCUAAUCACAUUGUUACUCUUUAUAUAGCAAUUUAAGGUGACAAGCUUCUCCUUUUCUUGCAAGCAAUCACAUAUUAUUCAUGUGAAGGGCUUUUUUACCCUACCCUGCAAUAUAGUAGGUUCUCUAUCAUUUGUAUUUUUCAUUUUCCCUGUCUCUCUCUCUCUCUCUCUCCUAUUGGUGAUUUAGUUAAUAGACCACUUUUCUAAACCCUAGCUUAAUAAAGGAAAUAUCCAUAAUUAUAGAGGCACAAUUCAAGUGGUAUUUUUUAAUGUAGUUUUUCACUAAUAGUUGUAACUUGGGAUUUCUGUCCAGCAAGUAGUAAUUUUAUCUACCAUGGGAAUUUCCAAACUUAAAUUUCUGAUUUUAUGUAUUUAGGGACUGAAGUUCUUUUUUUUCUCUCUUUCAGUUAUAAUAUAUAGAGGGUUAUGCCCUAAUUUGGAAAUUUAUCCUAGGAGAGACCUCUCUCUUUUUUUCUUUUCGUAUGUUAAAAACUAAGAGUGUCUAGAAAUCGAUGUCCUUAAAACGUAGGGAAUGAACAUAUUCACCUCUAGGGCAUAAGAUCUCCUGCUUUUAUCCCUUCACCAAAAAGUAGAUAUGAUGCUAAUAACUGGUGCUGUUGGUGUAGAAAUGACAGGACCCAGGAUUUUGUAGAUUUCAGGGAUGGUCACUAAUGCUUAACAUAAGAUCCAUAUUGCUACAUAGUGUAUUAUAAAAGUGUUGUUUUCAUGAUUUGAUAUUUCCCGAUGCUAUGAUCACAUUUCUAUGUUUCUGCUGAAAGAAUUCAUUAACUUUUUCCGCUUUGCAUGGAUAUAUAUAAUAUACAAAAAAUGUUAAUGAAUUAUUUGACCAACAGAAAUGUGACUAUUGCAUUGGAAAAUAUCAAAUCAUGAAAACAACCAUUUUAUAACACAUAUGAUGUUACCACUGUAUGCUAUAAAUGUAUGAUUGCAUGAAUUAUUACUAAAAAAUGUUUGUUUUCUGUUCACAGGAUGUUACCCUAGCUGCCCAGAAGAUAGACCUUACUUUGAUGAGGAAACUAUGAAGUGUGUGCCAACUUGCGACUGUUAUGAUAAAAAUGGAACAAUAUAUAAUAUCGGCGAUUUCAUGCCUAGAGAAGAUGAAAAAGAAAAUUGCACAACCUGGUAAGACCAGAUUCUUCAUUUCACAUGAGCAAUGCACACCAAUUUAAACGUUAAAGUGACAGUAAUGCCUUAUCAUAGAUCAAAUAGAUCAAAUAUGUAAAAAAACAUUGAUAGACAGCUGGAAAUGUUAAUGUAAAAAAUGUAUAACUCAUCUACUUUUUAGGGGUAACUAGUGAAACAGAUUCAGGUCACAAAGCAAUAUUAAAAUCUUUUCUUCAGUAUUAAAUACUUCAGUUAUUUAAUAAUAAUGCCGGGUGAUAUUUAAAGUUAGCCACAGGGUCUACAAUGCACUUUCAGGGUUUCAGGAAGAGAUGGCGGAGGCUUGGAAUAUGUCACAAAUAUGCCAGUAUACAUAGUGGGCAACAUAUAUGCUUAUUUUUAAUUGUUUCAAAUAUUAGAAUAACAAUACAUAUUUUACCAACAGAAGAGUUAACCAGUUAUCAGAAUAAGAAUAAAGUACAAAAUGCAAAUCACAAUUUACAACAUAGCAUAGGGACACUUUAUUAUUUGGUUGUGAUUUUUCUUUUUAAUGUAGCUGUGAAAUAAGAUUCUGUACAAGAUACUUAAAUACUAAGACCAUUUGCCAAUUGUCUUUGUUUUUCAGGACAUGCACGAAAGAGGGUAAACAAUGUACGGACCAUGGUAAGAAUAUGUCUAAGCCCUUUCUACCUAAAUUCCUGAAAAUAGCUUUCUUUCAUUUUUAGAGAGCUUCAACUUAUCUUAAGUCUGUGCAUGUGUGAGAUCAGGUUGCUGGCCGUAGCCCUUGCAAACAGUGACUUCAUUCAGAGAAUUCACAAUCUAUGCUUAGGAAGAACUAUCCCACACAGAUGUGCCAAAUGAUAAGCAACAAUUACCAGUAAACGUGCACAUUUUAUUUAGAAUAGCAAUUUGCAGAUAGGAAAUAAUUUUGCCUAAAAGCCAUUUCUAUGAGCACACAAUAAUAAUAAUUUAUUGCUUCCCAAUAAUAUUCAGAUACCUAACUUGGCUCAUUUAAUGAUUUCUUUACCUACGGCACUGUUCAGAGUACACUUGCCACCAGGCCAGGAGUGAGAAACAUAUGACAUUCCAGAUGUUGUGGACUACAUCCCCCUUGAAGCUUUGCCAGCAUUUUGGGAGAUGUAGUUCACAAUAUCCAGAGUGCCGAAGGUUGCCUACCCUGAUCUUGGCUUACAAAUGACACUGCCUAGUGUGGAUUAUGAUAUACACAAGUUCAGAGUGAACUCUCCAUGUUUGUGGUAAGCCGCAAGGGCCACACUGUUCACUUAAUGUGAACUGAAGUUAUAGCAUGGUGAAUCCUUAAAAUCUAUUGAGAAGAACAAUCACUUGUCUAUUACCAAACUUCCUUUCAAUAAGAACGUUGGAGCAAAACUGCAAUCUUGUGCAAUCCUGGCUGAAAAGGUAUCAGGCAACUUCUCUCUUUUGCUGAAUUCAUUCCCCCCCCUGCCCAUUAGAUAUAAAUGUUAAUUAUUUAUACUUGUUUAAAUAAACCACAGGCUCCACUCAAGGAGAUCAAAUAUUGUGUGGUCUAUUUUCUGAAUUUUAGCUAUAUUAACAAUGUAAAAAACAAUGACAACAUGUUCUUUAAUGAUUAUAUUCCAAAUGGAAUACAAUGUAUGACCUCUUUAGAAACCACUUUCCAAAGACUGCAAAUUGUAACAUUUAUGUGGUUAUUCACUAGAGUGAGAAUUGCCAGGAAUUCAAAGUCAAUUUCAAAAUCUAGGACAAAAGGCCAAUUUAGAAAAAAAAAAUUGAAAGUUAAUUCUGUUUUUAGUUUGGGUAUUUUGGCAUUAAAUUUGAAUUUACUUUGAAUUAAUUUUGAAUUCCUAACAAUUCUCACUCUAGUGCAUAAUCCUGUCAGUCAGGAUGACUUGGAUCAAAAUAAUAAAGUUGGGGAAAAAAUGUCCUUUGCCAAACUGGAGAUUCUUUAAUUCUAUUAAUUUUUUCCUAAAUUUUGUCAGAUGUCAAAACACCACUACCCGCUAUUUAAUGACCAAAACCCUGAUUAAAAAACCAAGGGUUAUUGGGGCAUUUUCACGCUUGAAGUAGUAACAGAAAAUUUGAAUAUGAAUGUUAUAAUAAUGAUUAUGAGACUAAAAAGUAAUUUUGUUACAGAUAUUAAUAGGAGAGUUAAAUUUAAUUGAAAUUAUUUUGAAUCUCUAUUAUCUUUUACAUCAUAUAGACUGAUGCGUUUAGGUUUUCAGUAGGCUCACCAACAUGUUUUAUAUUUCUGCAGGUUGUAUUUAUGAAAAGCGAAUGUAUAAGGACGGAGACGUAAUUUAUAACACAACUGAUGGCAUUGGAGGUUGUAUUAUAGCCAUAUGUGUUAAUAGCACAAUCAAUAGAACUAAUACCAAUUGCUAUCAAAGUACUACAACUGUGUCAACUACAACAUUUGUCUUCUCCACUACCAGCCCUAUUGCAACAACCAGUUCCCCUGUCAUCACAGGUAAGAUAUUGUUCUACAAUAAAACACAUAGAUAAAACGUGCACAUGCAAGUAUACAUAUAUAUAUAUAUUUGGCCUAUUACAUUUAGAGCGGUUCAAAAAUGUGAAAAAGUAAAAAAAAAAAUCAAUUGAAAGUCAUGCAAAAGUUGUAGUUAUCUGUAAAAAUCUGUUUACAUGCAUGCACGUGACACCAUAGCAAUACUCCAUAGGCAUGAUAAUGAUAUCAUUAAAAAAAGAAAAUAAUAAGUAACAGACUAUAACAGACUAUAAUUUACAGGAUUAAAUGGAAAUACUGGUGACCUGGCAAUUGUUCUGUACAUUCCUUUUCAUUACUAUUAAAAUAUCUUAUACCAGUAUCUUGAAAGUAGAGUCAUAGCUUAAAGGAUUACUAUGAGCUAUUUUAGGCUAUUAAAAUCUGCUGGAGAUUGGGUUACAUAUCCGGCAGCAACAUUAAAUAUCUAAUUAUGUGCAGGAUAUCAUCCUGACUUGCACAUACUGGGUCCUUGAAUAAUGAUCACUUCAAAAGAGAGAAAAAGUCAGGUUGGCAUGAAUAAAUUAAAUUUUCCAGAUGUAACACAAUUAGUGCUGCAUAACACAUAGCAAUAUAGAUACAUUUUAAUAGCGUAUAGCAGGCUGCAGGAAUUCAAUUCUCUACUAGCUGAGUUAGUCACACUGGGUGUCAGUAGCACAAACUGAAUUAAAUGAACAGGGCCAAUAAAAAAAUGCUAAAUUGUAUAAAAAUAAAAACUUUUUUUUAAAAAAAUUAAAAAUUAUUCCAGUUAAAUGAAUUUUGUUAAAGUCAAAUUUUGCCCAUCCAUCCAUACACCCAUACAUCCAUCCCUCAUUCCAUCCAUCUAUUUUACAUUUGUAUCACUUUCCACUAAACUCUAGAUUCUGAUAAAUCCAUGGUAUUUUUGCUUGCCUUACAUUAUAACUUAUAUAAGCAAAGAAAAUGUUUUUAUUUUUUUAUUUUUCUCUUUUUCCAGUGUGUUCUGUGGAUGCUUCUACAGUUUCAUGCAAUUGGACAGACUGGUAUGAUGUGACCUAUCCAAAGUAUGGAAACAACAAAGGAGAUUUUGAAACUUUUGAAAAUAUUAGAAAAUUUGGAUAUAAUAUAUGUGAUGCUCCACAAAAUAUAGAAUGCAGAGCAAAGGAAUUCCCUGAUGAAAAACUACAAGAUUUAAAACAGGAUCUAAUAUGCAACAAGGAUAUUGGACUUCUGUGUCUCAAUAGCAAGAAUUACCCACUCUGCUACAAUUAUGAAAUAAGGGUUCAAUGCUGUGUUGCAAACAAUAAAUGUUACACAACAGAAACAGAAACUACAGAAAGUAUACCAACAGUAUCAACAAAAGUGACAUCUCCACCAUCAACCUAUUCUUCUGUUUCAACUUCAGCUCAUUUGUCAACUACCUCAACAAAAACAACACCAGUAAUUUCUACCUCUACCCCAUCAUUUACCAUUUCAUCAACUAAAGUAACAUUAUCAUCAUCUACACGAUCAACAACUUCUACAUCAUCACCAUCUACACCUUCAACCCCUCAGUCUGUUUCAACUUUAACUUCUUCUUCAACAUCAUCAUCAACAUCAUCCCUAACAACCUCUAAACCCACUUCCACAAAAACAGUGCUCACAUCCUCUACACCAUCUUCCUCCUCAACAACUUCAACUUCUACUCUUGUUACUACUUCAACAACAUGCCCAUAUACAAUGAACUGUCGUUACACAAACUGGAUUGAUGAAAACAAACCUACAAAAGGCAGAUCAGGUGGAGAAUAUGAAAAUCUGCUAACAUUAAAAUCCAGAGGAUAUCAAGUUUGUUCAGAAAGUGAAAUGAUGAACUCCAUCCAGUGUGAUGCAGUAGAGACUUCAGGAUCGAGCAGUGAAAGGGCAAAAUCAAGCGGUGAAAAGGCACAUUCAAGCAGUGAGAGGGCACGCUCAAGCAGUGAAGAAGCAAAAGAAGUAUACAGUUGUGACCUUCAAAAUGGCCUGGUUUGUCUCAAUUCAAAACAGAAGGGUUUCCUAAAUAAUCAGUGUUCAAAUUACAGGAUCAGGAUUUUAUGUUGUGCCAAAUAUUGUGGACCACCAACAACACCACCACCAACCGAGUCAACUUCCGUAGUAUCAUCGACAACUGCUACAUCAACUAAAGUAACAUCUUCAUCAUCUACACCAUCAACAACUUCUACAUCAACUAAAGUAACAUCAUAUACACCAUCGACUACUUCUAUAUCAACUAAAGUAACAUCAUCAUCUACACCAUCAACCCCUUACUCUGUUUCAACCUCAACUCCUUCUUCAACUCCUUCUUCAACAACAACUUCAACAGUAACAACUCCAAUUGUUUCAACAUCAUCAUCGACAUCAUCACUAACAACCUCUAAACCCACUUCCACAACAAGAGUUGUCACAUCCUCUACACCAUCUUCCUCCUCAACAACUUCAACUUCUACUCUUGUUACUACUUCAACAACAUGCCCAUAUACAAUGAACUGUCGUUACACAAACUGGAUUGAUGAAAACAAACCUACAAAAGGCAGAUCAGGUGGAGAAUAUGAAAAUCUGCUAACAUUAAAAUCCAAAGGAUAUCAAGUUUGUUCAGAAAGUGAAAUGAUGAACUCCAUCCAGUGUGAUGCAGUAGAGACUUCAGGAUCGAGCGGUGAAAGGGCAAAAUCAAGCGGUGAAAAGGCAAAAUCAAGCAGUGAGAGGGCACGCUCAAGCAGUGAAGAAGCAAAAGAAGUAUACAGUUGUGACCUUCAAAAUGGCCUGGUUUGUCUCAAUUCAAAACAGAAGGGUUUCUUAAAUAAUCAGUGUUCAAAUUACAGGAUCAGGAUUUUAUGUUGUGCCAAAUAUUGUGGACCACCAACAACACCACCACCAACCGAGUCAACUUCCGUAGUAUCAUCGACAACUGCUACAUCAACUAAAGUAACAUCUUCAUCAUCUACACCAUCAACAACUUCUACAUCAACUAAAGUAACAUCAUAUACACCAUCGACUACUUCUAUAUCAACUAAAGUAACAUCAUCAUCAUCUACACCAUCAACCCCUUACUCUGUUUCAACCUCAACUCCUUCUUCAACUCCUUCUUCAACAACAACUUCAACAAUAACAACUCCAAUCGUUUCAACAUCAUCAUCAACAUCAUCACUAACAACCUCUAAACCCACUUCCACAACAACAGUGGUCACAUCCUCUACACCAUCUUCCUCCUCAACAACUUCAACUUCUACUCUUGUUACUACUUCAACAACAUGCCCAUAUACAAUGAACUGUCGUUACACAAACUGGAUUGAUGAAAACAAACCUACAAAAGGCAGAUCAGGUGGAGAAUAUGAAAAUCUGCUAACAUUAAAAUCCAAAGGAUAUCAAGUUUGUUCAGAAAGUGAAAUGAUGAACUCCAUCCAGUGUGAUGCAGUAGAGACUUCAGGAUCGAGCGGUGAAAGGGCAAAAUCAAGCGGUGAAAAGGCAAAAUCAAGCAGUGAGAGGGCACGCUCAAGCAGUGAAGAAGCAAAAGAAGUAUACAGUUGUGACCUUCAAAAUGGCCUGGUUUGUCUCAAUUCAAAACAGAAGGGUUUCUUAAAUAAUCAGUGUUCAAAUUACAGGAUCAGGAUUUUAUGUUGUGCCAAAUAUUGUGGACCACCAACAACACCACCACCAACCGAGUCAACUUCCGUAGUAUCAUCGACAACUGCUACAUCAACUAAAGUAACAUCUUCAUCAUCUACACCAUCAACAACUUCUACAUCAACUAAAGUAACAUCAUAUACACCAUCGACUACUUCUAUAUCAACUAAAGUAACAUCAUCAUCAUCUACACCAUCAACCCCUUACUCUGUUUCAACCUCAACUCCUUCUUCAACUCCUUCUUCAACAACAACUUCAACAAUAACAACUCCAAUCGUUUCAACAUCAUCAUCAAAAUCAUCACUAACAACCUCUAAACCCAUUUCCACAACAACAGUGGUCACAUCCUCUACACCAUCUUCCUCCUCAACAACUUCAACUUCUACAUCAACUAAAUUAACAUCAUCAUAUACACCAUCGACUACUUCUACAUCAACUAAUGUAACAUCAUCAUCUACACCAUCAAUCCCUCACUCUGUUUCAACCUCAACUCCAUCUUCAACUCCUUCUUCAACAACAACUUCGACAAUAACAACUCCAAUCGUUUCAACAUCAUCAUCGACGUCAUCAUCACUGACAACCUCUAAUCCUGCUUCCACGACAAGAGUUGUCACAUCCUCUACACCAUCUUCCUCCUCAACGACUUCAACUUCUACUCUUGUUACUACUUCAACAACAUGCCCAUAUACAAUGAACUGUCGUUACACAAACUGGAUUGAUGAAAACAAACCUACAAAAGGCAGAUCAGGUGGAGAAUAUGAAAAUCUGCUAACAUUAAAAUCCAGAGGUUAUCAAGUUUGUUCAGAAAGUGAAAUGAUGAACUCCAUCCAGUGUGAUGCAGUAGAGACUUCAGGAUCGAGCGGUGAAAGGGCAAAAUCAAGUGGUGAAAAGGAAAAAUCAAGCAGUGAGAGGGCACGCUCAAGCAGUGAAGAAGCAAAAGAAGUGUACAGUUGUGACCUUCAAAAUGGCCUGGUUUGUCUCAAUUCAAAACAGAAGGGUUUCUUAAAUAAUCAGUGUUCAAAUUACAGGAUCAGGAUUUUAUGUUGUGCCAAAUAUUGUGGACCACCAACAACACCACCCCCAACCGAGUCAACUUCCGUAGUAUCAUCGACAACUGCUACAUCAACUAAAGUAACAUCUUCAUCAUCUACACCAUCAACUACUUCUACAUCAACUAAAGUAACAUCAUAUACACCAUCGACUACUUCUAUAUCAACUAAAGUAACAUCAUCAUCAUCUACACCAUCAACCCCUUACUCUGUUUCAACCUCAACUCCUUCUUCAACUCCUUCUUCAACAACAACUUCGACAAUAACAACUCCAAUUGUUUCAACAUCAUCAUCGACAUCAUCACUAACAACCUCUAAACCCUCUUCCACAACAAGAGUUGUCACAUCCUCUACACCAUCUUCCUCCUCAACAACUUCAACUUCUACUCUUGUUACUACUUCAACAACAUGCCCAUAUACAAUGAACUGUCGUUACACAAACUGGAUUGAUGAAAACAAACCUACAAAAGGCAGAUCAGGUGGAGAAUAUGAAAAUCUGCUAACAUUAAAAUCCAGAGGUUAUCAAGUUUGUUCAGAAAGUGAAAUGAUGAACUCCAUCCAGUGUGAUGCAGUAGAGACUUCAGGAUCGAGCGGUGAAAGGGCAAAAUCAAGUGGUGAAAAGGCAAAAUCAAGCAGUGAGAGGGCACGCUCAAGCAGUGAAGAAGCAAAAGAAGUAUACAGUUGUGACCUUCAAAAUGGCCUGGUUUGUCUCAAUUCAAAACAGAAGGGUUUCUUAAAUAAUCAGUGUUCAAAUUACAGGAUCAGGAUUUUAUGUUGUGCCAAAUAUUGUGGACCACCAACAACACCACCCCCAACCGAGUCAACUUCCGUAGUAUCAUCGACAACUGCUACAUCAACUAAAGUAACAUCAUCAUCUACACCAUCAACUACUUCUACAUCAACUAAAGUAACAUCAUAUACACCAUCGACUACUUCUAUAUCAACUAAAGUAACAUCAUCAUCAUCUACACCAUCAACCCCUUACUCUGUUUCAACUUCAACUCCUUCUUCAACUCCUUCUUCAACAACAACUUCGACAAUAACAACUCCAAUUGUUUCAACAUCAUCAUCGACAUCAUCACUAACAACCUCUAAACCCUCUUCCACAACAAGAGUUGUCACAUCCUCUACACCAUCUUCCUCCUCAACAACUUCAACUUCUACAUCAACUAAAUUAACAUCAUCAUAUACACCAUCGACUACUUCUACAUCAACUAAUGUAACAUCAUCAUCUACACCAUCAAUCCCUCACUCUGUUUCAACCUCAACUCCAUCUUCAACUCCUUCUUCAACAACAACUUCGACAAUAACAACUCCAAUCGUUUCAACAUCAUCAUCGACAUCAUCAUCACUGACAACCUCUAAUCCUGCUUCCACGACAAGAGUUGUCACAUCCUCUACACCAUCUUCCUCCUCAACGACUUCAACUUCUACUCUUGUUACUACUUCAACAACAUGCCCAUAUACAAUGAACUGUCGUUACACAAACUGGAUUGAUGAAAACAAACCUACAAAAGGCAGAUCAGGUGGAGAAUAUGAAAAUCUGCUAACAUUAAAAUCCAGAGGUUAUCAAGUUUGUUCAGAAAGUGAAAUGAUGAACUCCAUCCAGUGUGAUGCAGUAGAGACUUCAGGAUCGAGCGGUGAAAGGGCAAAAUCAAGUGGUGAAAAGGAAAAAUCAAGCAGUGAGAGGGCACGCUCAAGCAGUGAAGAAGCAAAAGAAGUGUACAGUUGUGACCUUCAAAAUGGCCUGGUUUGUCUCAAUUCAAAACAGAAGGGUUUCUUAAAUAAUCAGUGUUCAAAUUACAGGAUCAGGAUUUUAUGUUGUGCCAAAUAUUGUGGACCACCAACAACACCACCCCCAACCGAGUCAACUUCCGUAGUAUCAUCGACAACUGCUACAUCAACUAAAGUAACAUCUUCAUCAUCUACACCAUCAACUACUUCUACAUCAACUAAAGUAACAUCAUAUACACCAUCGACUACUUCUAUAUCAACUAAAGUAACAUCAUCAUCAUCUACACCAUCAACCCCUUACUCUGUUUCAACCUCAACUCCUUCUUCAACUCCUUCUUCAACAACAACUUCAACAAUAACAACUCCAAUUGUUUCAACAUCAUCAUCGACAUCAUCACUAACAACCUCUAAACCCACUUCCACAACAAGAGUUGUCACAUCCUCUACACCAUCUUCCUCCUCAACAACUUCAACUUCUACUCUUGUUACUACUUCAACAACAUGCCCAUAUACAAUGAACUGUCGUUACACAAACUGGAUUGAUGAAAACAAACCUACAAAAGGCAGAUCAGGUGGAGAAUAUGAAAAUCUGCUAACAUUAAAAUCCAGAGGUUAUCAAGUUUGUUCAGAAAGUGAAAUGAUGAACUCCAUCCAGUGUGAUGCAGUAGAGACUUCAGGAUCGAGCGGUGAAAGGGCAAAAUCAAGUGGUGAAAAGGCAAAAUCAAGCAGUGAGAGGGCACGCUCAAGCAGUGAAGAAGCAAAAGAAGUAUACAGUUGUGACCUUCAAAAUGGCCUGGUUUGUCUCAAUUCAAAACAGAAGGGUUUCUUAAAUAAUCAGUGUUCAAAUUACAGGAUCAGGAUUUUAUGUUGUGCCAAAUAUUGUGGACCACCAACAACACCACCCCCAACCGAGUCAACUUCCGUAGUAUCAUCGACAACUGCUACAUCAACUAAAGUAACAUCAUCAUCUACACCAUCAACUACUUCUACAUCAACUAAAGUAACAUCAUAUACACCAUCGACUACUUCUAUAUCAACUAAAGUAACAUCAUCAUCAUCUACACCAUCAACCCCUUACUCUGUUUCAACCUCAACUCCUUCUUCAACUCCUUCUUCAACAACAACUUCGACAAUAACAACUCCAAUUGUUUCAACAUCAUCAUCGACAUCAUCACUAACAACCUCUAAACCCUCUUCCACAACAAGAGUUGUCACAUCCUCUACACCAUCUUCCUCCUCAACAACUUCAACUUCUACAUCAACUAAAUUAACAUCAUCAUAUACACCAUCGACUACUUCUACAUCAACUAAUGUAACAUCAUCAUCUACACCAUCAAUCCCUCACUCUGUUUCAACCUCAACUCCAUCUUCAACUCCUUCUUCAACAACAACUUCGACAAUAACAACUCCAAUCGUUUCAACAUCAUCAUCGACGUCAUCAUCACUGACAACCUCUAAUCCUGCUUCCACGACAAGAGUUGUCACAUCCUCUACACCAUCUUCCUCCUCAACGACUUCAACUUCUACUCUUGUUACUACUUCAACAACAUGCCCAUAUACAAUGAACUGUCGUUACACAAACUGGAUUGAUGAAAACAAACCUACAAAAGGCAGAUCAGGUGGAGAAUAUGAAAAUCUGCUAACAUUAAAAUCCAGAGGUUAUCAAGUUUGUUCAGAAAGUGAAAUGAUGAACUCCAUCCAGUGUGAUGCAGUAGAGACUUCAGGAUCGAGCGGUGAAAGGGCAAAAUCAAGUGGUGAAAAGGAAAAAUCAAGCAGUGAGAGGGCACGCUCAAGCAGUGAAGAAGCAAAAGAAGUGUACAGUUGUGACCUUCAAAAUGGCCUGGUUUGUCUCAAUUCAAAACAGAAGGGUUUCUUAAAUAAUCAGUGUUCAAAUUACAGGAUCAGGAUUUUAUGUUGUGCCAAAUAUUGUGGACCACCAACAACACCACCCCCAACCGAGUCAACUUCCGUAGUAUCAUCGACAACUGCUACAUCAACUAAAGUAACAUCUUCAUCAUCUACACCAUCAACUACUUCUACAUCAACUAAAGUAACAUCAUAUACACCAUCGACUACUUCUAUAUCAACUAAAGUAACAUCAUCAUCAUCUACACCAUCAACCCCUUACUCUGUUUCAACCUCAACUCCUUCUUCAACUCCUUCUUCAACAACAACUUCAACAAUAACAACUCCAAUCGUUUCAACAUCAUCAUCAACAUCAUCACUAACAACCUCUAAACCCACUUCCACAACAACAGUGGUCACAUCCUCUACACCAUCUUCCUCCUCAACAACUUCAACUUCUACUCUUGUUACUACUUCAACAACAUGCCCAUAUACAAUGAACUGUCGUUACACAAACUGGAUUGAUGAAAACAAACCUACAAAAGGCAGAUCAGGUGGAGAAUAUGAAAAUCUGCUAACAUUAAAAUCCAGAGGAUAUCAAGUUUGUUCAGAAAGUGAAAUGAUGAACUCCAUCCAGUGUGAUGCAGUAGAGACUUCAGGAUCGAGCGGUGAAAGGGCAAAAUCAAGCGGUGAAAAGGCAAAAUCAAGCAGUGAGAGGGCACGCUCAAGCAGUGAAGAAGCAAAAGAAGUAUACAGUUGUGACCUUCAAAAUGGCCUGGUUUGUCUCAAUUCAAAACAGAAGGGUUUCUUAAAUAAUCAGUGUUCAAAUUACAGGAUCAGGAUUUUAUGUUGUGCCAAAUAUUGUGCACCACCAACAACACCACCACCAACCGAGUCAUCUUCCGUAGUAUCAUCGACAACUGCUACAUCAACUAAAGUAACAUCUUCAUCAUCUACACCAUCAACAACUUCUACAUCAACUAAAGUAACAUCAUCAUAUACCCCAUCGACUACUUCUAUAUCAACUAAAGUAACAUCAUCAUCAUCUACACCAUCAACCCCUUACUCUGUUUCAACCUCAACUCCUUCUUCAACUCCUUCUUCAACAACAACGUCGACAAUAACAACUCCAAUCGUUUCAUCAUCAACAUCAUCAUCACUGACAACCUCUAAUCCUUCUUCCACGACAACAGUGGUCACAUCCUCUACACCAACUUCCUCCUCCACAACUUCAACUUCUACUCUUGUUACUACUUCAACAACAUGUCCAUAUACAAUGAACUGUCGUUACACAAACUGGAUUGAUGAAAACAAACCUACAAAAGGCAGAUCAGGUGGAGAAUAUGAAAAUCUGCUAACAUUAAAAUCCAGAGGUUAUCAAGUUUGUUCAGAAAGUGAAAUGAUGAACUCCAUCCAGUGUGAUGCAGUAGAGACUUCAGGAUCGAGCGGUGAAAGGGCAAAAUCAAGUGGUGAAAAGGCAAAAUCAAGCAGUGAGAGGGCACGCUCAAGCAGUGAAGAAGCAAAAGAAGUAUACAGUUGUGACCUUCAAAAUGGCCUGGUUUGUCUCAAUUCAAAACAGAAGGGUUUCUUAAAUAAUCAGUGUUCAAAUUACAGGAUCAGGAUUUUAUGUUGUGCCAAAUAUUGUGGACCACCAACAACACCACCCCCAACCGAGUCAACUUCCGUAGUAUCAUCGACAACUGCUACAUCAACUAAAGUAACAUCAUCAUCUACACCAUCAACUACUUCUACAUCAACUAAAGUAACAUCAUAUACACCAUCGACUACUUCUAUAUCAACUAAAGUAACAUCAUCAUCAUCUACACCAUCAACCCCUUACUCUGUUUCAACCUCAACUCCUUCUUCAACUCCUUCUUCAACAACAACUUCGACAAUAACAACUCCAAUUGUUUCAACAUCAUCAUCGACAUCAUCACUAACAACCUCUAAACCCUCUUCCACAACAAGAGUUGUCACAUCCUCUACACCAUCUUCCUCCUCAACAACUUCAACUUCUACAUCAACUAAAUUAACAUCAUCAUAUACACCAUCGACUACUUCUACAUCAACUAAUGUAACAUCAUCAUCAUCUACACCAUCAAUCCCUCACUCUGUUUCAACCUCAACUCCUUCUUCAACUCCUUCUUCAACAACAACUUCGACAAUAACAACUCCAAUUGUUUCAACAUCAUCAUCGACAUCAUCACUAACAACCUCUAAACCCAGUUCCACAACAAGAGUUGUCACAUCCUCUACACCAUCUUCCUCCUCAACAACUUCAACUUCUACUCUUGUUACUACUUCAACAACAUGCCCAUAUACAAUGAACUGUCGUUACACAAACUGGAUUGAUGAAAACAAACCUACAAAAGGCAGAUCAGGUGGAGAAUAUGAAAAUCUGCUAACAUUGAAAUCCAGAGGAUAUCAAGUUUGUUCAGAAAGUGAAAUGAUGAACUCCAUCCAGUGUGAUGCAGUAGAGACUUCAGGAUCGAGCGGCGAAAGGGCAAAAUCAAGCGGUGAAAAGGCAAAAUCAAGCAGUGAGCAGGCACGCUCAAGCAGUGAAGAAGCAAAAGAAGUAUACAGUUGUGACCUUCAAAAUGGCCUGGUUUGUCUCAAUUCAAAACAGAAGGGUUUCUUAAAUAAUCAGUGUUCAAAUUACAGGAUCAGGAUUUUAUGUUGUGCCAAAUAUUGUGCACCACCAACAACACCACCACCAACCGAGUCAUCUUCCGUAGUAUCAUCGACAACUGCUACAUCAACUAAAGUAACAUCUUCAUCAUCUACACCAUCAACAACUUCUACAUCAACUAAAGUAACAUCAUCAUAUACCCCAUCGACUACUUCUAUAUCAACUAAAGUAACAUCAUCAUCAUCUACACCAUCAACCCCUUACUCUGUUUCAACCUCAACUCCUUCUUCAACUCCUUCUUCAACAACAACGUCGACAAUAACAACUCCAAUCGUUUCAUCAUCAACAUCAUCAUCACUGACAACCUCUAAUCCUUCUUCCACGACAACAGUGGUCACAUCCUCUACACCAACUUCCUCCUCCACAACUUCAACUUCUACUCUUGUUACUACUUCAACAACAUGUCCAUAUACAAUGAACUGUCGUUACACAAACUGGAUUGAUGAAAACAAACCUACAAAAGGCAAAUCAGGUGGAGAAUAUGAAAAUCUGCUAACAUUAAAAUCCAGAGGAUAUCAAGUUUGUUCAGAAAGUGAAAUGAUGAACUCCAUCCAGUGUGAUGCAGUAGAGACUUCAGGAUCGAGCGGCGAAAGGGCAAAAUCAAGCGGUGAAAAGGCAAAAUCAAGCAGUGAGCGGGCACGCUCAAGCAGUGAAGAAGCAAAAGAAGUAUACAGUUGUGACCUUCAAAAUGGCCUGGUUUGUCUCAAUUCAAAACAGAAGGGUUUCUUAAAUAAUCAGUGUUCAAAUUACAGGAUCAGGAUUUUAUGUUGUGCCAAAUAUUGUGGACCACCAACAACACCACCACCAACCGAGUCGACUUCCGUAGUAUCAUCGACAACUGCUACAUCAACUAAAGUAACAUCUUCAUCAUCUACACCAUCAACUACUUCUACAUCAACUAAAGUAACAUCAUCAUCAUCUACACCAUCAACCCCUCACUCUGUUUCAACCUCAACUCCUUCUUCAACUCCAUCUUCAACAACAACGUCGACAAUAACAACUCCAAUCGUUUCAACAUCAUCAUCAUCAUCAUCACUGACAACCUCUAAUCCUGCUUCCACGACAACAGUGGUCACAUCCUCUACACCAACUUCCUCCUCCACAACUUCAACUUCUACUCUUGUUACUACUUCAACAACAUGUCCAUAUACAAUGAACUGUCGUUACACAAACUGGAUUGAUGAAAACAAACCUACAAAAGGCAAAUCAGGUGGAGAAUAUGAAAAUCUGCUAACAUUAAAAUCCAGAGGAUAUCAAGUUUGUUCAGAAAGUGAAAUGAUGAACUCCAUCCAGUGUGAUGCAGUAGAGACUUCAGGAUCGAGCGGCGAAAGGGCAAAAUCAAGCGGUGAAAAGGCAAAAUCAAGCAGUGAGCAGGCACGCUCAAGCAGUGAAGAAGCAAAAGAAGUAUACAGUUGUGACCUUCAAAAUGGCCUGGUUUGUCUCAAUUCAAAACAGAAGGGUUUCUUAAAUAAUCAGUGUUCAAAUUACAGGAUCAGGAUUUUAUGUUGUGCCAAAUAUUGUGCACCACCAACAACACCACCACCAACCGAGUCAUCUUCCGUAGUAUCAUCGACAACUGCUACAUCAACUAAAGUAACAUCUUCAUCAUCUACACCAUCAACAACUUCUACAUCAACUAAAGUAACAUCAUCAUAUACACCAUCGACUACUUCUAUAUCAACUAAAGUAACAUCAUCAUCAUCUACACCAUCAACCCCUUACUCUGUUUCAACCUCAACUCCUUCUUCAACAACAACUUCAACAAUAACAACUCCAAUUGUUUCAACAUCAUCAUCGACAUCAUCCCUAACAACCUCUAAACCCACUUCCACAACAACAGUGGUCACAUCCUCUACACCAUCUUCCUCCUCAACAACUUCAACUUCUACUCUUGUUACUACUUCAACAACAUGUCCAUAUACAAUGAACUGUCGUUACACAAACUGGAUUGAUGAAAACAAACCUACAAAAGGCAGAUCAGGUGGAGAAUAUGAAAAUCUGCUAACAUUAAAAUCCAGAGGAUAUCAAGUUUGUUCAGAAAGUGAAAUGAUGAACUCCAUCCAGUGUGAUGCAGUAGAGACUUCAGGAUCGAGCGGUGAAGGUUCAAAAUCAAGUGGUGAAAAGGCAAAAUCAAGCAGUGAGAGGGCACGCUCAAGCAGUGAAGAAGCAAAAGAAGUAUACAGUUGUGACCUUCAAAAUGGCCUGGUUUGUCUCAAUUCAAAACAGAAGGGUUUCUUAAAUAAUCAGUGUUCAAAUUACAGGAUCAGGAUUUUAUGUUGUGCCAAAUAUUGUGGACCAUCAACAACACCACCACCAACCGAAUUGACUUCCGUAGUAUCAUCGACAACUGCUACAUCAACUAAAGUAACAUCUUCAUUAUCUACACCAUCGAUCCCUCACUCUGUUUCAACCUUAACUCCUUCUUCAACUCCUUCUUCAACAACAACUUCCACAAUAACAACUCCAAUCGUUUCAACAUCAUCAUCAACAUCAUCACUAACAACCUCUAAACCCACUUCCACAUCUACAGUGGUCACAUCCUCUACACCAUCUUCCUCCUCAACAACUUCAACUUCUACAUCAACUAAAUUAACAUCAUCAUAUACACCAUCGACUAUUUCUACAUCAACUAACGUAACAUCAUCAUCAUCUACACCAUCAACCCCUCACUCUGUUUCAACCUCAACUCCUUCUUCAACUCCUUCUUCAACAACAACUUCGACAAUAACAACUCCAAUCGUUUCAACAUCAUCAUCAACAUCAUCAUCACUGACAACCUCUAAUCCUGCUUCCACGACAACAGUGGUCACAUCCUCUACACCAACUUCCUCCUCCACAACUUCAAGCUCAACUCUUGUUACUGCUUCAACAACAUGUCCAUAUACAAUGAACUGUCGUUACACAAACUGGAUUGAUGAAAACAAACCUACAAAAGGCAGUUCAGGUGGAGAAUAUGAAAAUCUGUUAACAUUAAAAUCCAGAGGAGAUCAAGUUUGUUUAGAGAGUGAAAUGAUGAGCUCCAUCCAGUGUGAUGCAGUAGAGACUUCAGGAUCGAGCGGUGAAAGGGCACAUUCAAGUGGUGAAAGGGCAAAAUCAAGCGGUGAAAAGGCACAUUCAAGCAGUGAGAGAGCACGCUCAAGCAGUGAAGAAGCAAAAGAAGUAUACAGUUGUGACCUUCAAAAUGGCCUGGUUUGUCUCAAUUCAAAACAGAAGAGUUUCUUAAAUAAUCAGUGUUCAAAUUACAGGAUCAGGAUUUUAUGUUGUGCUAAAUAUUGUGGACCACCAACAACACCACCACCAACCAAUUCGACUUAUGUAGUAUCAUCAACAACCUCUACGUCAACUGUCUCAACCAAAGUGACAUUAUCUUCUACACCAUCAACUAAAUACUCUGUUUCAACCUCACCACCUUAUUCAACAACUACCUCAACAAAAACAACUACCUCUGUUUCAACAUCAUCAUUAAGUACCGCAAUGUCAUCAUCAUUUGUAACAAUUACUUCCACUUCUGGAACAACUUCACCUCCUGUAUCUACAUCGCUAUUUUCUACUUCUUCUACAUCGUCUACUUCAAAUUCAACUCCAUUGUCAACAACUGUAUCACAACCAUUUAGUUCAUCUAAACUAACCACAUUCCCAGUUUCAUCUGAAACUACGCCACCAACAUCGAGUACUAUAUAUUCAACCGUCAGCACGUCAACUUCUUGUUUCUGCCAAGUCAAUCAGUCUUUAUUUUCACCUGGUAAGUAAAUUGCAUAAAAGUAUUUCUUUUUCUUGCAUUAAUAUCUGUCAAGUAUGUACAUUUAGUACUCCUGCAAAUAUUAUAUUACUUCUCUUACAUUUAAUCUGUAGAUUUUUUUAAUGAAUUGUUUUUGGUGACCAUGGCAACUAUCUGGUAUUUAAAGAAACACACGUUACUUUAGACAACUGUCUCAUUCAAAAACAGCUAUACACGAAUUUUUCAUAUUUACCUUUUUCUUAUGCUUUCCACACAACUCCAGGGGACUCACUGAUCUUAACCAUCAGUGUCCUGAGGAAUGCUGGAAAUUUGCAUCUUGAGGAAUGCUGGAAAUUUGCAUUGGGCAUACCUGACAGAUUCACACAUGUGCAAUUGGAACAUUUCUUCAACUUGUAACAUCUUAGCAGAUGGGAGAAUAGAGGGAGUCUAAUUCGGGUAAUUAAUGUAGAGCAUGAUCUCCUUCCUGCUGCAGCACAAUGAUGCACUGUUUCUGUAAUGAGUUGACUCAUCUGAAACUGAGAUGGGUGGGUAAGAGGAAGGGAGGGGGACUGGAGAAACUUCCCUAUUUGAGAGGCAUGCCCAACAAUGCAUUCUGGCCAAGUUUAUAGUAAGUUUAUGAGCUUUUAUUACAUACUUGCCUAUGUUUUUACUUUAUAAUGAUUUGUACAUUUAUUUAAAAAUGUUUGCUUGCUGGUUUAAAAAAUGAAUUAUCAAGAUAUGCAUGUUCCUUUAAACAGCAACAUAUAUCCAAAACAAAUAUUUACUGGUACUUAUUUUAACCCCUUAACAACCAGUGAUGGUUCAGGACCAUCAUUGAAAAAAAACCCUUGAGGACCGAUAACCGUCCUGAACCGUCAUAAUGGUAUUUCUUACUCCCCUGAUAGCCGUCGUUCCCCUGGCCGUGACUGGCAUAGCAGCCUGUGUGGGGAGACUGCCUGAUAGCCCAGGCAGGCUCCCCUCAGCGAAUUAGGAUCCCGCAGUCAUGUGAUCGCUCAACAUUUUACUGUUUUGAACAGUAAUAUUUGUGUUCAGCAAAGUCUUCUGAGUAUAACAGUACCCCUGAUGUACAGGUUUUAUAGUGUUUUUGAAAGUUACAGGGUCAAAUAUAAUUGUCAAAUUUUUUUACAUUGAGAAUUGCCAGGUUGGUUAUGUUGCCUAUGUUGCCUUUGAGAAUGUAUUUUGAAUAGCACUUUUUUUCAUUAGCUUUUGUAGAUAAGUAAAAGAUUUUUCAAGUAAAAUUAAAUUUUUCACCAUAUUUUAUAAUUUUUAUUAAAGUAAAUUAUAUGACAUGAUACAAAUAAUGGUAUGUAGAGAAAGCCAUUUUGUCCUGAAAAAAACCCCAAUAUUCAACGUGUAUGGGAACAGUAAAUGAGAUAGAGGAAAAUUACAGCUCAACACAAACACCACAAAAGUGUUGAAACAGCCCUGGUCCUUAACGUACAACAUGGCCAAAACAGCCUGGUCUCUUCAAUCUCUUACAAUUACUCUAAAUUUAAAUUAGCCCUGUUUUUCUUUCAUGCCCAAUGUCUUAUAUAAAACUUGAGCCUACCCUCUUUGGGCAGAGCCAGUGAUGCAUUAAUGUCACUGGCUCACCUCCUUUAGCCCCCUCCCACUGGCUUCCCACGUCUCACAAUUUCAAUCUUUGGAGUACUGAACACUUCAGGUAGUAACCCAAUUCUUUUAUACCUUUAUCCUAUAUAAUCCUAUAUAAUUAUAUUUAUUUUUUGCAAAUUCUUUAUAUAGCCUUUGCAGAAAUAAAAAAAAAAUAGUUUUGCGUCAUCUUAAAAUGUUAGAAUCUGUAUGAAAACUAUUUUUGACUGAUCUCUGAUCCAAACGAUUUAAUACUGUAAGAAAGCCUUUCUAAGUUAAUCAGACAGAAGUCACCAGUCAAGGUCAUGAGAAUUUUGUACUUAAAGGACCACUAUAGUGCCAGGAAAACAUACUCGUUUUCCUGGCACUAUAGUGCCCUGAGGGUGCCCCCACCCUCAGGGUCCCCCUCCUGCCCGGCUCUGGAAAGGGGAAAGGGGUUAAAACUUACCUUUUUCCAGCGCUGGGCGGAGAGCUCUCCUCCUCCGAUCCUCCUCUUCUCCUCCCCAUCGGCUGAAUGCGCACGCGCGGCAAGAGCUGCGUGCGCAUUCAGCCGGUCACAUAGGAAAGCAUUCAUAAUGCUUUCCUAUGGAUGCUGGCGUGCUCUCACUGUGAAAAUCAAUGAGACAGCCGCUAGAGGAAAUAGGGGAAGGCUUAACCCAUUCAUAAACAUAGCAGUUUCUCUGAAACUGCUAUGUUUAUGAAAAAAUGGGUUAACCCUAGCUGGACCUGGCACCCAGACCACUUCAUUAAGCUGAAGUGGUCUGGGUGCCUAGAGUGGUCCUUUAAUUGAUAUAGAAUGAGUAUAAGAUAAUUUGGAAAACUUAUUAAAUCAAGGCCUAUGUUUGAAAAUCUUUGCGAUUCCAAUGCAAUCAAAAGAUAUACAAGAUACAAAAGUUGUUUGCCUUAUGUAGAUGGCUUAGAUUUUUUGAAAAAAAGGCAGAGUUUCCACCAACAUUACCCAUAAGUCAGAGUUCACCAUGGGUAAUAGGAGCAAGCCACAUUUCACACGAUAUGGGACUGCAUUAAGCGUUAUUGUUGAUAGAGCCUGCCACAAAAAUUGACUCCACCCUCUAUUUCAAGAAACCCCACAUAACCAAAUAUAGGGCUCAUCUGAAAUAUUAAAAUAGCUGCCUAAAAAUGUUAUUUCAUUGGUUUAACCCUUCAACUGCCAGCGAUAUGACCAACACAUUGCAAAGAAAUGUGAGUGGCAAAACCUUGGCCCUGAAAGAGUUUAAACAUAUAAUUAUAUAUGACAUGUUAAUAAGUUAAAUUAUUCCUGCUCUGCUACAAUAAUUAUGCUAAAAUAUGAAAUUAUUAUAACUGUCAGCACAAAAAUAAAAAUCCAAUUUAAAAAAGAAGGCCAGGCAACACAAAAUGGAACUGUACUUGGGAAUCUGGGAUAGUGUGGCAGAAUGGGAGGCUGAUAAAUGUGGGGGGUUAAUUUGCAUGUUUUUUUAUUUUUUUUAUAAAUUGUUAUAAAUAAAUUUUCAAUAUAAUGCAUACAAAUUGGAUUGCCCAUUAAGUAUGCUCAUGACCACAUUCAUUCUUUUAAAGAAUGUUUACCCUAUCUGGGCUGAUUCCAUCUCGGCUUUGAGAUUUGUUUUCCAGGAAGACAUAUACUCUGGCUCAUUUGUAUACCUGCAUUAAAUAUUAUAUACUUAUUGCAUCUUUUAUAUCUGUUUUAAUUUCAAUAUAACACCCUACACAUUAUCUGUUUUGUACUGAGCUCUUUUCACUGGCAUAUCCUACAAUUGCAUAUAAAAUGCUAUUGGGAACUUUGUACAGUAUUAAUUUAUUAAAGAUAUUGCAUUAUUCUAAUAUUCCGAUAGUAAUAUAUUAUUCAUGAAUUUUCUUUUACUAUUCUACAUAUUGAAAUAAGAAUAGGUUUAAUCAAUACAGUAUACAGUUCCUUUAAAACAGUAGAGCAAUAAUUGUGGUGUCCUCGCUACAAAUUAUUAAACACAUAUUGGAACAAAGUAAGACAUUUUGUUCUGAAUGAACUAUGUCUGAGAUUCAGUUUGUGACAAUAGAUCUAGCAAAGACCAAACUUAUUUAACGAUUUAUUUAACCAAAUAUGUUUGUCUUGAUUUCCCAAGGUGACAUCAUUUACAGAACUGUGGACAAAGCUGGGUGUGAAUAUUAUGCAAAAUGCAGCAGCCAGUGUCAACCAGAAAGAUAUGUUGGUGACUGUAUAUCUACAUCUGCACCAACUACUAUUUCUGUGCCUACAAUAAGUGGUUUUACAACUCCUACUGUUUCAACAAACACUACUUCAGUAAUAUCAACCACAACAACUAUUCCUGUAACUAGUGUUCCAGGUAAGCACUACUUUACCGAAAGUGCAAUCAUGUAGCUUAAAAUAUUCCUCUUUUACACGAAUAUUUCAGAACUUAUAUAAAAUAAGCAAGAGUAAGAAUAGGAUGCAUUCUUUUAAACUCUUCAACCCUGCAAUGGAUGGAAAUGGAAAAUUAAAAUAGUUUAAAUUUACACAAUAACUAUGUAUCUCUGAAAAUAAGACAAUACUUAAAACUAAUGUUUUAUUCCACGUCAAUAUGCUAGCUGUGCAUCCUAUGAGCCCUAUAACUAGAUAAAGGCCAAAAAGCUACUGUUAUUUUUCCAAGAAAAAUGUAAUAGAAAAGCAUGCCAAAAUGCCAAAAUACAAACGUGCCAAAAUACAAACGUUUCGGUACCCCUGUCCCUUUAUCAAUGCAACAAGGAACAAGGGGUCCCAAAAUGUUUGUAUUUUGGCAUGCUCUUUUAAUAAAUUUAGAUUUCAACAGUGGGCACAUUGUACUUUUUAUUUUUCGCAUGUUGAUUUUUUGCUAAUCCAGCCAUAGAAAUCUAUGUACUUAUGCUGUGUUAGGUAACAAACUUUUUUUUUUCCUGCUAUAUUUUAGUGUGCACCCUCCUACAUAUUCCCAUUUAAGAUAAAUGUAAUGUAGUUCCAGAUAUUUAAUGUCUGAUUGGCAGAUUUAGUAUUUUUCCCCAUUUCACAAAUGAUCUUUCAAUGUGUCAUAAAUAUUUUAACAGUGUAUUGAAAAUCUAAUCUACUUUUUUAUUUAUUUAUUUAUUUGUAUAGAGUGUGGUGAAUGUGUAUGCCAAAUGCCAAAAUGCGGAAGUGGCUACAGAGUGGUCUCUUUCCUACCUCCUGGGGCCUGCUGCGUUAACAUCACAUGUGGUAAGUGCAGUUUUAGCUUGACAGUUUCUUCUUAUAAUAGACAUACUACUAGUUGUAGCUGUUAGAACAAACUUUGUUCAAUAAUUAGUAUUAACCUCUUCACUGACAAAGGUUAGAUCAGUCACUAUAUACAACAACAAAAAAAACCAUCAGGAAGGGCUUUCAGAAUGCUAAAUUUACAAUAUAAUGUAAUAAUUACAAACUUAUAGUGUCACCUGCUAAAUAUUUCAAUUGUUAAAACUAUGUAUUCUGAUUAUUUGUCUAGUUAUCUUGAUUAUCAAAUGUCUUUGUAUUAAAAUACUUUAUCACUAAAAAUAUCUUUCUUUUCCGCAGUUCCUGAUUCUGUAUGUGUUGUUGGAACGGAUGUAUAUCAGGUAAAAAAAAUCUAAAACAAUGAUUCUUGAUAUAAUACAGGACGAUCUCUAAUUACUUUUGAAUUUUCAAACCCUGCCUAUAAAUAUAUAUUUUUUAAUUUUACAUUUUUCUUUAAUUUCUUCUCAGUUCUCCCGAAAUAUGUUUUUCCUUGUUCAUAUUAAUUGUAACUUUUAGCUACACUAUAUCAGUAUGUAGUGUCUUGUUCGCUAGUCUAUGCAUUAUAGCGCAUUGGCAUCUGAAUGGCAACGUUUUAUUUAAUAGUCUUAAUUUUCCAGUUCGGAUCUCGAUUCACUACGGUUUAGUGUUUAAACCCAAAACAGGUAACACUAAUAUAUUAAAAUGAUGGCAUAGCAAACGAAAUGCGAUGUUACUUGUUUCCUUGGAUACAUAAGUAUUGGCUAACACAUAAAUAAUAGAUCUCCAAGUUUUCCUAAUUUAAUAGUGCAUAGUUACCAGUUAUGUCUUGGUGAAGCAAUAUCUUUAUGCAAAUUACAUUUUUAAUUGCAUUUUCCCUGGAAACUGGAAAUUAUAAUUACUGAUAGCUUUCUUUAUGUUAUUAUAUUAAUUAUUGAAAGUUUUACAUUAUGAAUAGUCUACAUGACCUCACAAAGCAGUUAUCUAAAACUGUACUGUAUGAGCGGUUUUCUGCGUAAAAAACAUUUUUUAUUACCUUGUAAAUUGUUAGUCUGCUUGGGUUGCAAUUUCAUAUAUAUCAGAAGUGUUACGAAUUUAUCAAUUUAUUUGAAUAUAAACAAUGGCUAAAAUAUAAGGCUUUCAUACAUUUUUACUCUUUCUUCCUAGCGUGGAUCAGUCAUCCCACAGCCAAAAGAUGCCUGCCAGACAUGUUUAUGCUCUUCUGAGAUGGAUAUGACUGCUGAAUUCUAUGCUGUAAAGUGCACCCCUAUCGUAUGUCAGAAGACCUGCAGCCAGGUAAGUGUUAUAUUUUAAUCUCUCUGCUUAAAGGAACACUCCAAGCGGAACCAGGCAGAUGCAAGGGAUGAAGUCUAAAAAUGUUUGACUACUUACAAUGGCAAGGGUGCCAGAGACAGUGUUGUCAGCAUAACCAUUACAGCAUACUGUAGUGGUUAUGGUGCUUGGAGUGUUCCUUUUACACUGAUGGGCCUCAUUUUUUAACUAUAUUAUGGAAGAGUAAAAUGUAUUUUAACUCUAAAGGCGAUUAGUCACUAAACUUUAGACUGCUGUGAAUUGAAAACCAUAUUGAAAAAUUAAAGAAAAUGAAGAUGUGAUGAUCUAAAGCAGAAGCCAAUAAAAAGUUAUUGCCUUUAGCGUUAUAUAUUCACUGUACACCAUUAAUAAUAUCAUGGUACAAUAUGAGCAGUUUGAUGUCAAUAUUGGAUGUCAUUAAAUUAAUUUAAAAUAUGGAGUGAGCUAUAAGGGACAAUUCCUUAUAUUCGACUAAUCCAUGCCUUACAAGCACCUUUGUAGUAAUAUCAUGCACAGAUACUGCAACCAAUCCAAACACAGCAUGGGAAGAACCUAUGGCACUAGAGGAAUUACUCCAAUCCCACUAUUUAUUUCCAUGCUAAACACAUUCUACCUAUAUAAGACUAUCUGCAUAGCAGAAUCUGGAGUACUAAAAUAUUGUACUGUCUUAAGCAGUCAGUUGGGUAAAAUAUAAAAUAUCAACAUGCACUAUAAAGAGAUUAUAACCUUCAAAGAGAUAAAAUAAGUGUGCUUACUCGUCCAUUGAGACAAGAAUAUGUAAAACAUUAUCUUGAAAUUGCCCCUAAUAAGAAAAAGACCGGCCACCAUUCCUAGAUAUAAGAGCGGUUAAUAAAACUAAGCCAUUUAAUGUUUUAAUAUCAUGUUAGUAAUUGGGCUUCAAACGUUGGUCUCAUGGUAAACUUUUUUCAAUUUUACAUAUUUCUAUUAUUUAGACUUUUUUAAAUAGCACUAUAUGUUCUGAUCAUUAGUCUCUUAUUUUCACUGCAGGGUUAUCAAUAUAGAGAAAAGUCUGGACAGUGUUGUGGAGAAUGUGUGCCUAUCCAAUGUACUAUGAAGAAAGACAACAAUACAUCAGUAGACAUUAAGGUAACUAAUGACAAUACAUGUGCAACAAACAUAAUUUCAUAAACUCUGCUAAGGUCUUGGUAACAAAAAUAAAAAACACCUUAAUGUUGGUGAGUCUGGCUCAUUUUAAGAUGAUAACUUGAGUGUAAUCUUAAAAUGCAAUCCACAUUGCAGAUAGUCUAUGACCUGCCAAUUGAUCAUUUUCAGCAAGUGCAAUGAAUCCCUGUAUUAUCUGUGUCUAUGUUUUACAGAUUGGAGAAACAUACAGAACAAAUAUUAGCGCUUGUAGCUACUAUGAAUGUGAAGAAGAAAACGGUGUACCUGUUCUCACAAAGGUGAAGAAGGUCUGCCAGACUCUCGACCUCACUAAAUGUGACCUGGUAUGUUAUACAUAUAUAUUUUAAUGUAAAGGUUUGUGUCAUUUUCAUUGUAUUUUUAAUGUCUCAUUUGUUGAUCUAGCCUUUUUUACAAUGUCGCACAAGUUUCUGAAGCUAUAAUUUCAUUUGUUUUUCAGAGCACACUUGCAUAUGAUCAAGAUGGCUGCUGUAGAACAUGUAAACCUAUAACUGGUUAGUAUUUUCUAUUGGAUGAAAGGUCUUGUCCUAAAUUUACUUGAAAAAGGCAUUAUAUAUGGACUAACCCAUUAUUUAACUAAGAACAUAGGUAGCCUUAAAAAGUUAGAGUUAUUAUACCUGGAAAUCAUAAGGAGGUAAUAACAUUGAGAUAAUUUAAAUUAAUAGGUGAGAAAAUUCAAAAUAUGAAUGCCCAUGACAUUGCACACUAACACGCAUUUGGGAUUUGUAUACCGUGUAUUUCAAUGCUACUAAGAAGAUAAACAUUUUAGAGGAACAUUUUCAGAGAUAAAAGAGACAAUUUCUAAUUCAAGUAGAGUUUUGGUUGUCUACUUUGUGCUUUCAAAACAAAUGCAUAAAUAAAUGCUUUAAAACCAGUGUAAGAAAAAAAAAAUGCUUAAACAUUUUGUAUAACUCAAUUCAGUAAAAUAAGAUAUUUCACAAAAAAGGAGUUAUACGUAUAACACAUAAGAUACCUUUAAUAAAGUCUAAAAUACAUAUUUCCUAAGCAAUUUAUAAUAAUGUUCUGUAUGUGAUUGCUCAGUGUGAGUUUUCUUAAACAGCUUAUUAGCUGAACUUGCAUAUUCUUUGUGCUUUCACCUAAUCACAAUACAGAUGGUAUUAAAAUCAUGGUCAGCGACCAUAAAAAAACUCAGAUACAACUAAAUUAUGUGCUUACUCCUGUAUGUUGUAAAGUUCAGAUGAUCCUUAUAUAAGAACUAAAAACAAGCAUGCUCCAUUACUUUCAUAUAUGUUUCUGAAUUUACCAAAAUUCUUUAUUUUACAUAAAGCAAACUUAACUACAUACCAGCAUUUCUAGAUACUGGCUAUUAUUAUUCAAUAAAACAAAAUCUUAUGAUAACAUGCCAUGUGUUUUUUUCCAGUGAUUUCUGCAACAGAACAACCCAAGGUAAUAGAAGACUGCAGUGUGCGUAAGAAUGUAACUGUUCUCAAACAAGAUGACUGUGUGGCUCAGGUGGAACUCACAUACUGCGGUGGACCCUGCAUGGGAUCAUCCAUGUAAGUCAAAUAAUAACUGGAAUUAUAGUUUCUUAGCAAGGGUCUAUAACGAAAGUAUUUCAUUUAGAUUUAAUGUGGAUGCAUAGUACACCUAGAUUUGCCCACUUCAAAAUAUGUUAAAAGAUACAAUAUGGCAGUGGAAGAAAAUAAUUUGAAAAAAAACUUUUCAUACAACCAUUUUAUUUUACUAGUUCAACUACUGCCUAUGUAGUUAUAUUUAAUAAAACACCAUAAUAUAUAAUAUAUACUUUUGUUAAAUUAAUCAUAUAUUAAUGUAUUCUAAAGACAAUAUAUAAUGUCUGCUGGGUCUGCUUACCUAUUUUAUUAUACAAUGCAUGCUAAAAUAUACUGUAGUUUUUUUCAGGUAUUCUAUGACAAAAAGAGGAGGUAACACAAUGUGCAGCUUAGUAGAUAAGGCCUACUUGUGGAACCACACUUUUAUUAGAAGAGCCUACGCCAUACGUCAAAAUGAUUUUAAGGGCAUUUGAACACUGAGGAAGGGACGGGGUCCUGAUACAUCUGUUUUUCAUAUGCUAUUCGAAUAGAAGUGUGGUUCCAUGAGUGGGUCUUAUCUACUAAUUUACACAGUGUUAACUCCAUUUUUUAUGUUACAUUUUGCUGCUGAUGAACCACAACCGAUUUCUACACUUUUGCUGCACUAGGUGAAAUGUAUAUAUGUUGUUUUGGCACUACAGUAACCACACUCCUUUUUCUUUGUUGUUUGCUACAGGUAUUCUAUCUCCACAAAGUCGAUAGACCACAAGUGUACUUGCUGUACAGAGCGUGAAGUAGGCCAGAAGACUGUCCAACUACUUUGCGCCAAUGGAAGACGUCUAAGUUACACAUACACCAAUGUGAUCAGCUGUGGCUGUGCAGGAGCCACCUGCACACCUGAAAACGGUCUUUCUGAGAAACAGAAAUACUCCAAAGAAAGUCAGAGUCACUCCCAGGAAAGCCAGAGUCAGUCCAAAGAAAGACAGAGUGCUCAGAUCAGAAAUCAAUUUAAAAGCUAAAAUACUGCAUAGUUUGUAAAUUGACCAUUUUCAUUAUUAAAGAUCAGAAUUAUUUUUGUUUAAUUAAGAAACACCCUCAAACAAAAAUAAAGACAAAAAAAUACACAGAUUGAACAUUCAGGUAAUUUCUGGAUAUUAGCUGUAAAAUUUUAACCUUGUCCAAACUAUCAACUAUAUGCACAAAAUGAUAGUUCCAAUGUCCAGUAAGAAAAGGUUUCAAUUUAUGUGAUUGUUUCAAUCUUCCAAUGUUUGUAAUUAUGAAUCAUCUGGCUUAUUUUUUUCUUUCCCUCUUGUCUUCUUUGUUUAAAUGUAGCUUAUAAUAAAUUUCAAAGCAAAAACUAA